AAUGGGCUGAGGGAGAGGAGGGAGGCGGGGGCGGCGGGGAGUACGGUGGCCGCGGAGGGUCAGGAUUGGCGCUGGUGAAGCGGCAGGAGCGGGAGCGGCCGAAGGAACCGGCCUGGCGAUCUGCUUGGUCCUGGGAGCGCCAGUCCCCGGCUACUGCUGCUGCGCCGGGCGGAGUUGGCCAUGUCGCUGCUGCAGUCGGCGCUGGAGUUCCUGGCGGGGCCCGGCUCCCUGGGGGCCGCCAGCCGGGACCAGAACGACUUCGUGGGGCAGGUGGUGGAGAUGGGCGAGAUGAAGCUGCGGAUCAAGAAGGUCAUCGCCGAAGGUGGGCGGGCGAGGCGGGGCGGGCGGGGGGCCCUUCGGGGGCGCCGGGGGGCGAUCUCGGGGGCUGGGGGGGCAGAGUGAGGUGGUGACCCCCAGGUGCUUUCUCGGCACCCCCUUUCCCCCCACCCCUUUCCCCCUUCAACAGCCUCUUCCUCGUCUCUCUCCCUCCCACUCCUCAUUUUAUUAAUUACAGUGAACGCCUUAGAAAUACCCAACCUAAGGCAGGAAAUCGGUGAAAAACAAACAAUAAAAUCAAUAGUUUAAGAAGUAAGUCAACUCCCACACCUGAUUUGUUACCUUUCUCUUCCUGUUUUUUUCUUAUUAAUAAUUAUAAUACUAAAAUCAGGCACUGUACAGCAAUGGAGAACGAAACAGGCCCUCCCAGCAGGCUGCGAAUCUAAAGUUUGGCAGGAAUGGAAAGUAAAAGGGAAGGAGGGUCUUUCAGGUGCAGGAAGGUAGGGCUGGUAAUUGCCACUCACAAAAGCUCCAAUGUUCAGUGGCCGAAACUCUUCCCAGCAGGGGCAUAAAAUGGUGGGCAGAGUCUCAUCCGGCUAGGAUCAGGGCCCAGUAAGUAAGGUGGCAAUUUUCUGUCAGUUGUUUGGUGUCAACAUAUUACAACUUAAUUCCCUGACAACUUAAUUAUAACAGCUUAAUUCUCUUCUGGAAUUUGCCUUCCCAUUUCCAUUAUUAAGGAGCUGUUACUGUUUUACAGAGCUCCAUAAAGGUUUGCCAACUUCCUUUUUCUGGCCAGGACUCCUCUGUCUCCAGGAGCUGUUUGACAAGAUCUGUAUCUGGCGAAGCCUUUGCUGCAUGGAGCUAAACACUGGGGGGAACUUGGCUAUUUGUGUGCUUCAUGUUGCUGUUGAAGACAGACUGAAUCAUACCAACUAGGAUAGUUAUGUGGUAGAUCCCCCACCCCCGUUGAAUGGUUGUGGGUAAAGUGAAGAGAGGGCCCUAGAUACUGGGGUUGGUUUAGCUUAGCUAACACAGACCAUCACUGGUGUAAUUUGGAGCUACCUUUAUGUACAAGUCUCCAUGUACAAGUGAUGUGUUUAGGUUUGGAAGAUACAACAUUCAGAAGUUUCCAUGCAAUAUGCACACAGGACAAGUGUCAUGUCUACACGUCUGGAAGCUUCUGCUUGUUGUGAAUUCCAAACCCAAAUGAGUAUAGUAUGUAAAGCAUUUGAGUAACUUUGACACAUACGUCAGAUGCGUGUGUUUCCCUACACCUAUAGAGGGGUAAAAGCUGCCUGUACAUCCUUCCUCUUAUAUUUGUGGUGACGUAGAGAACAUUAUACAGCAGGGGUCAGCAAAUAUUUUCAGCCAGGGGCUGUCCACUGUCCCUCAGACCUUGUGGGGGGCCAGACUAUUUUUUUUGGGGGGGAGGGGCUGACUCAAGAGCACCAUGAGCCCCGGUGGCUGCUUGCCUAUGUCUUUGUGAGCAGCAGGGGGUGGCGGGAUGAUGAGCGGUGCGCGAAAGGGCUUCGGAGAGGGGCUGCUUUAAAUGGCAGCCGCUCGAGUUCUGCUACUGCUGGCACCAACAAAGUCCAGCCCCCUUCCUCCUCUAGGCAGGGCGGGGAAAAGCCAGGAGGAGGGAGGGAGGAGGUGCUGCCGCUGCCACCUGCGAGGGAGAGGGAAGGAGAAGGAAAGAAUGCCUGCCCACUGGCGAUCCACGUGGCGAUUCCCGGACAGUCCGUGGGCCGGAUCCAGAAGGCAAUUGGGCCUGAACCGACCCGCGGGCCUUAGUUUGCUGACCCAUGUUAUACAGUAUCUGUGUCACCCUGUAGCAUUGCUGUUUCUGUUUCAGCGUUGGUAGUAGCAACUGUGAACCUAGCUCUCUCUGAAUUGGAGGUCUCCUGAAUAAUUAACUCAGUUUUGUGUUUGUCCCUGUGUAAAUGUAUAUACAAGAUGGUUAGCUGCAGACUUCUUCCCUGAAGAAGAGGUUGCAGAGAUGUCAUAGUUUCCUGAAGUGCUUUUAUUCAUGUUGGGGGAAACUGGAUGUUUUGUUUCUUCCCACAAGCGUGUUGGUUUUGAUAGCGAAUGCUGUGGGGCAUGUUUGCAUUGCAAUUUCCUUCUGGAUGACUGUGACAUCAUAAGUGACUCAUGAUACAACUCUGCUGUACCAUGUUCUGCCAGUUUUGAAGUUAAAAAUUUGCAUUUUAAAGGCUUGGCUCUCGCUACUUAAAUAUGGCAAUGCCCUCCACUAAAAAGUACGCAAGCAAGGUUGGCAUCUUUCACCGGUUCACGAAUGAUUCUUUUUUUAUUAAGUUUUUCAGAAACUCUCUGCUCUUUCUUUCCAGUAGUGACACAUCUGCCUCUUUCCUCCUGUCCUCUCCUGCUGCUUUUUUGAAAAAAAAAAAGACAAAGGUGAUCCUCACCUCCAUUAUACCUGGAAGAGAACCUGUACGGUUACCUUUCUGCCAGCUUGAACAGAACAACCCAGCAAAUAUGUGGUUGGAGCAAGCUUUAAAUAUUUGGAUAAACUCUACAGCGUAUUCUGCGCUGCUGGUCAAGUUGCCUGCUUGUGCGUUUGGGCAUAGAUUUGUGAAGAUAGCCCUGUAAAAGUGAACUGAGCCAAGUGUCUCGGACUGUUAAGCAGGAGAAGUGUCAGUUAACUAUUAAUGAUGUUGAAGACGGCUGGUGCCACUUUGCAAGCAUUAUAGCGCAAACCAUAUAUUUUGGCCUUUGCACAGCAGAAGCAAUGCCUCUGGUCGAGUUGUAGGCAUAGGCAACAUGGGAUCUCUCUAGCUUCAUGUGACUAGAUGCAGGUUCUCAUUCUCAUUUGUGUCAAAAUAGAUCAGUGCAGUCAGGGAUAUGCCUCCAGAAGUGCUUUUGAACACACAUCUGCAGUGUCGGUAGAAGACACUUCAUUCAUGUGACUAUCUCUCACUCUGCUGGGGGUGAUUUAUGUUUCAUAAGUUUGGCAGUUUGCAGUUUUGAAAGUCAGUUUUGCUUUUGUUGAUAGUAGGUAUGUUUCCCGAUCCGAAUUAGACUGGACUAAAGCAGAAGUGAAUAAAUAAGAGUGGUGUCGGAUUUCUAAUCCGACAUUGAAGUUCUUGCUCUCUUGUCUUUGAUUUUUAACUAGGACACUAAAAACUGAGAUGUCCUUCUAAUGUAUACUUAAAGACAUAACUGUAUAUGCCUUUCUGAUUCACAGAAAGGAAAGCGUGGCUUUAUACCGCAGUCACGCUAGUUCACAUGAUAGUCAUAUGUUAAGACAUGCGCCUUUAGAAUAUUAUUUUGUAGGUAUUUGCCCAGCUUUUGGGUCCCUUUUCCUUUUGGCUUGCUCUUCCUGGAAAAGUUGCAUAGCAGUUCUGUUAGAAGCUUCAGUCCUGUUCUGAGAAACCAGGCUCUACUACAGAAACAAACAUAAAUUGGGAAAUUUCAGUUUCAUAAUUCAGUAGCUUCCAGGGAACUCAGGGGUUAUCUGUAAGUGUAUGAGGGAUUCAUUGAUGGGAAGAUUCGUAAUGGUAAACUGUCUCUCCCUCCACUACUGAUCUUAUCUUACAGUGCAAAGCCACAGGUGUGUGUUGGGUGUAGCUUGUGAUGCCCUUUCAAUUCAUGCAGGUUAUUAUUGAAGUUCCACAUCCCUGGCUGAUUGUUCCACCAGAACUGUGUAUAUACACCUUGGAACAAGAAUGGGCAGAUGGCACCAUGGAGAUUUGCAAGUCUCCCCCAAAGUGUCUAUACCUGUUCACCUGCUCCGAUUUUCACCCAAAUUGUGAUAAAAUGUUCGUUUACGGUUUCAUUCAUAACUUCUUUUCAGAUUGUAAAGACCCAAAGACAGAGACUCAGUUUCACGAAAGGCAACAGUCGCACAAGAUAGCUGCGCAAGUUAGUGCGAUUCCUAGGGCGUUUAGAAAACUCUUUUUAUAAUGGAAGGAAAUGCCUACAUUUCUUAAUUAAAAAAAAAUGCUUGGAACAAACGGUUGCAUUGCGGCACCCCAAAGCAAAUGCAAAAAUGUUAUUUCAGGAUCACCUUGCAUUAAGCAGUGUAGACACUUUCCCUGUAAUAAAGCAUUUUUUAGAAAUGUGUUGGGAAUCAUACCACUUUUUACAGUUCUCUUUGUAUUUUGUAUAGCAGGUAAAGUCUACGCUUAACAAUAGCAUCAUUUUAGGGAUUGUAGGCAAUUAUGGAGAUAUGUCUGAGCAAGUGCAACAGGUUGGGUGGCACGUAGAUGAGUGAAAAAUAGACAGUGGAGUGAAAUGGUACUCUCAUCCUACAGUACAGCUUAUUCAUUGUAAAAGUGGGCAGUUGGCCCCCUCUCUAUAAAUGAAAAAGAAGGGUGUUACUGUGAGGAGGAACGGGGUUAGCUGAGAGCUCACUGAUUUUCUUUAAUAAAGACUUAAAUGCAGAAUAUCGCUGGUGUAGCACAACAUUUCUUGCAGUGUUUUGGUCUGUCUUAGUUUUCUGACGUGCUGUUUGAAUGAUCUCCCACAUAGAAACUGCUUGCAUCCAAUAAGAUAGCACACGAGGGAGAGAGGCUUAGGAUAGCUCUAUCUCUGAUAUAAUAAUUUAUUGAAUGUAGGAAGCUUCACAUGUAUAUUUAGGUUCCUCUACCCCGCGGUAUAAAGUGAAAACGCCCAGGAUUCUAUGAUUUUGUUGUGUGUCAGGUGUAGAGCCGUGCUAAAGGUAUCGAAAUAAUGGUGAGUCAUGAACAUAAAGGUUGGGUGUGAAUGUCAGCUUGUCAGUGUCACUCUUCCAGAUGUGACGUGACAAGAUAAGAAGACUGAAAGACAUUAUUUCUUCUGGCAGAGCUGUUUGAGCUGCUGCUCCCCAUCCCAGUAUGGCAGCCAGAGGAAUAAUCAUGCUUGCCAUUUAGAAAAUGGCUUAUUUAGAGAAGUAGCUGACACGAUCCUCUUAACAUUGCAGUUAGGAAAUCUUAAAAAGUAGAAUGCAAAAUAAUAGAGGUUUUUUUUUAAAAAAAUACCCGUCCACAAAACUUCUCUAAUUCAUGCAAGAGCUAGCACUCCAACUGAAUUGUCUCUGGUUUGAUAUGUUGUUUUUGUUAAUUGAAUUUAUAUACCGCUUUAUACGGGACGCGGGUGGCGCUGUGGGUUAAACCACAGAGCCUAGGACUUGCCGAUCAGAAGAUCGGUGGUUCAAAUCCCCGCGACAGGGUGAGCUCCCGUUGCUCGGUCCCAGCUCCUGCCAACCUAGCAGUUCGAAAGCACGUCAAAGUGCAAGUAGAUAAAUAGGUACCGCUCCGGCGGGAAGGUAAACGGCGUUUCUGUGCGCUGCUCUGGUUCACCAGAAGCGGCUUAGUCCUGCUGGCCACAUGACCCGGAAGCUGUAUGCUGGCUCCCUCGGCCAAUAAAGCGAGAUGAGCGCCGCAACCCCAGAGCCGGCCAUGACUGGACCUAAUGGUCAGGGGUCCCUUUACCUUUACUGCUCUAUACUCAGGGCGGUUCACAGAAUAAAAUUAAGACAUAAAACCACAAAAUACUUAAUAAAAACUAAACAACAACCCAAUAGCUCCCCCCACCCCAAAGUACAUUUUAAAAGGGCAUAGGAUGUAAAUCGGAUCAACCAAAGGCCUGGUUUUUGCCUGGUGCCUAAAGGUGUAUAGUGAAGGCGCCAGGCAAAUUUCCCUGGGGAGAGCAUAUGUUAAAAUAUUCCUUGGAAACGGGCUUGCACGUUUUAUAAAAGGGUGACAUUUUAAAAAUCAGCGAUGGAGAAUAUAAAAAUGUCUCACCCCUGCUAACUUUAUGGUGAGUUACUGUGGUAGUUAUCAUUGGGUUUCAUUUUGGAAAGUUCAGAUAGGCACAAUGCAGAUGUAAUGCUUCUGGUCUCCAUCCUUUGAGCUGGCCACAUGUUUUGUCUCUUCACUUCCCAGGCCUCUCUUAUGCUUUCAGAUUCCCCCUCCCUUUCUCCACAAUGACCAUAGCCAGAUUCCGUCCUAGCCAUGGUUAUCAUUAACCAGGGUUUGCAAACCACCUUCAAACCGUGGUUACCAUGGAAUGCUGGUUAAUGUUAGUUAACCAUUGGUAAGGCUGAUGCAGAUGUAACUCUUUAACCACGAUUAAGACUGUCACAGAAAGGAGAGGAAUCAGAAGCGAGAAGGGUGCUUGUGUUCAUUUGUCUUUAGAUACAUCUGCAUUGUGAACAGGGUGGUGUUUUAAAACAUUCCCUCAAGCUAUGUGGGUUCAUUGAGACCAAUGUGUUGGGGUUCCUAAGAAGUAUCUGUGGUCUGCUAUAUCUCUGACUCGCAAUUUGUGUCAAGCUGUUUGGCUUACUAUCUUACUGAUGAGUUCUGAGAAGUUUUUGCCGCUUUCCAUCUCCAGAUCUUUUAGGGGAGGCCUAUGAAAUGUUGAUGCUUUCAUGUAGCUGUAAUUGCCUUCCACUAAGUCUUGGGAAAAACAAAAACAAAAACAGAGACAUCACCUUGCCAACAAAGGUCCAUAUAGUUAAAGCUAUGGUUUACCAGUAGUGAUGUAUGGAAGUGAGAGCUGGACCAUAAAGAAGGCUGAUCGCUGAAGAAUUGAUGCUUUUGAAUUAUGGUGUUGGAGGAGACUAUUGAGAGUCCCAUGGACUGCAAGAGGAUCAAACCUAUCCAUUCUUAAGGAAAUCAGCCCUGAGUGCUCACUGGAAGGACAGAUCCUGAAGCUGAGGCUCCAAUACUUUGGCCACCUCAUGAGAAGAGAAGACUCCCUGGAAAAGACCCUGAUGUUGGGAAAGAUGGAGGGCACAAGGAGAAGGGGAUGACAGAGGACGAGAUGGUUGGACAGUGUUCUCGAAGCUACCAGCAUGAGUUUGACCAAACUGCGGGAGGCAGUGGAAGACAGGAGUGCCUGGUGUGCUCUGGUCCAUGGGGUCACGAAGAGUCGGACAUGACUAAACAACUAAACAACAACAACAAAGUCUUGGAAAGAUAUGGACAAAAAUUUAGAGGAGGAAAUUGGUAGAAAAGGGCAUUGAACUGUGCAGGAAGCAAAGGCUAUAAUAGAGGUUGGAGACCUGUGGCUUUUCAGAUGUUCCUGAACUACAAAUCUCAACUCCCACCAUCCCUGACCAUUGGCCAUGUUGUCUGGGGCUGAUGGGAGUUUGGCACUAUCUAUUAUUAUUAUUAUUAUUAUUAUUAUUAUUAUUCCACCCUUCACCUGAAGUUCAUAGGACCAAAAGUUUUCCCUACACUUAGGCUGUAACUUUAAACUUAUCUCUGCUUUGAGUCCUCCUUCAAGCAUUUCCAUCACAAAUUCCCAAGAUUAUUUGGAGAAAAAAUAUUAUUAUUAAAGUGGUGUAACACUCCCCAAACACACAGAUGAGUCUUUAAUUUGGUUACGCUUUUAGAAACUUAGAUCUGACUGCUGCUGUCAGAAUCUAGUAAUUUUUCGAAAUUCUAAGAACUCUUGUUGCUCAUUACAGUGGUGCCUCGCAAGACGAAAUUAAUCCGUUCCGCGAGAGUCUUCGUCUAGCGGUUUUUUCGUCUUGCGAAGCAACCCUAUUAGCGGCUUAACGGAUUAGCGCUAUUAGCGGUUUAGCGGCUAUUAAAGGCUUAAAGGCUUAGCGGAUUAGCUGCUAAAAGGCUAUUAAAGGCUAUUAAAGGCUUAGCAGGUUAGAUAAAGGGGCGAAAGCGAAAAAAAUCUCAAGACUUGCAAGACAUUUUCGUCUUGCGAAGCAAGCCCAUAGGGAAAUUCGUCCUGCGAAGCAACUCAAAAACGGAAAACCCUUUCGUCUAGCGGGUUUUCCGUCUUGCGAGGCAUUCGUCUUGCGGGGCACCACUGUAUCUCAGAAAUCCUGAAGCUUUACCAAGUACAUGGUGUUUACAUUGCAAGUGGAUAUUUUCCCAGUCUUAAAAGAGAAAAGGCAGGAAGUUGACUGGCAGAGAAUUUUUUAAGGCUCUGUUCAGGAUGAGGGAAUUGAUUCUUGAUAUGCAAAUGCCCUAGUGGGCCAGGCUUCAAAGGAUGUGACUCGGACAGUAAGGUGUGCCAGGAACACAGCAAUUAGUGAAGUAUGCCUAAAUGAUAGUGCAUUUCAUCUUUCCGGUGAUGUAUAAAAUGUCAAGGAACUACAAUGGAAGACACAGCAAAGUGGAUUGCAAUAGCAAGCCAGCGUGCCAUAGAAACCUAGACCUUAAUAUGCCUUCUGGAAUCUUUGGUUUGUUAGCAAGUGCUGGAGAAUCCUUUUUCUGCCUGUCAAAGUCCACUGAAGCAUCAAGUUUGCAGUGGUUUGCAGCCAGAUGCUUCUGGGAAGCUCACAAAUGGGGCAAUUGCCAUCCACUGUUGAUGAUUCAACUGCCUCUAAUGUCCAGAGCUACACAUUUCUCAUCCUAUAGCCCCCAAUUAGCAGUCAUGGUGGAUAUGUCUGUCACAGGCUUCUCUCUGUGAAUUUGUAUAAUUUUUUAAACAUAUUUUUAAUUGAAAAUUUAAUUCUACGCUAAUGGCAAAUACUGUGGCUAUAAUUUCCACAAGCUAGUUACGACUUGUGUAAAAUAGGUUUAGGAUCAAUAAAUAUUCACAACAUUCUUUUUUUUAAUGGGAGGUCCCAAAUUCUAGCAUUAUAUGAAGUAGAGAAUUCAGAUUGCGCUAACCAUCCAGGCGCACUUAAACUUGACAGAAGCCCACAGUCUCUGCAGAAUGGGGGUAAAGUGUCUUUUUUUAAAAACAGCUGUUUUGGAUUUGUGUAUGUCUGAGACUUUUUGAAAUUUGUACAUUAUUAUGGCUUCUUUUACUGACCCUAGAAUCUUUGAGCUGUGAUCCUGUCUUUACAGUAGAGAAUCUUUACAAUAUCAAUAUGAAUCUUUCUGUAACUGCAUCCCAGCCCAAUAGAUACUUGGGAAAGGAAUUGGAAUUAUUCAUUGGGGAGGAAGUUGCUGGCACAAUAAUUUAAAUAGCGUAGAUCCCACAUUGCAGUGUUCUUGGUGUUGGCUUGUUACAUUAGACCGAACUUGAACGCUUGCUUGAAUAAGAAGUAUUAGUUUAAACUGUUUUACCUAAGCCUCUUUAUAUCUCCACAUUCUUCGGUUUUAAGCUUCUUGGCAUACUAAAAAAUGUUGGAACCUGAAGUGCCUUUGAAUAACAGUGAGGAAUAAUGUAGUUUCUACAUUAUGAGAUUCUAACACUGUCCUCACAAACCAUUGCAAUCCGUUUAUGUGAACAUUGUGGGGACCAGAAAAUUUGUCUUGCGGUGAUGACAUAAAACACAGAGAAGAAGCCAUUAAAACAAUGCUGUUCCACGAGUGGAUUUAAGAAUAUGUAUGAAGUAACCUCCAAGCUGUUCUGAGCCCUGUUCAAGUAGCUUCUUUUUUUCCGUGAGAAUAAUUUGUAUUGUUUUGAAAAAUAUAAAUAAAUUCUCCCACCCACCCAUCCACUUCCCCAAAUUCCUGGGAAGAUACACAAUAGUAAUUUAAGUAGCUUCUGAUCUAACUAAUUCUUAGCUGCCUGCUUUCCUUUUUGCAGGGCAGGUAGUGAAAUGGAAGAUAAACAAAAAGUAUUAAACUGCUCAGCCAUUCGCAAGGGUGGUUUUUAUGGAGGGCGUAUAAAAAUACCGAGCGGCAAGACAGUCUUAAGCAGAGGAGUCAAUUAUAAAGCUCACUGCAGUCUUGUCAAAUUGGCCGGCUUAAAGCUUUAGAGCUUUUGUAUGGAACGAAACAGUAGUGCUUCUGAACACAAGACAACUUUCAGUAUCUUUUGGCACGAAUUGUUUAAGGGCUUUGUAUGAGAACGGGAGGGACACUUGCAUGUGGUUAACAUUCCCACUUAAUGAUCAGCAGCCUUGGAAGUUCCAUGGUAGUAAAUAAUCCUGUGCUCAUUCUCAGGAUUUUGGCAUUUCAUUUUAAGGUGUCUCAAGGAGUGAAAUUAUAAUUUCUCAGCUACAAGGGAGGAAAUGACAACAGUGGGUGUUUAGAUUUAGAUGCGUAGAGAGGUUUUGUUCCCUGAGAAGUAAUUUAUGCCCAGAUCUUAAAAGUCUCUGGAUUUUAGCUAGACACAAGGGGACACUUUUAAACUAGAGAGCUUCUUUCUCACAUCUGUUUUCAAGUCUUAAGAUGGGUAACAGUUUUCAUCUCAUUCAUUUUUAUAACUCUUCUGAGAGAGCGCUUACAUUCUGUUACUUUAUGGAAAUGGUGUUGAAUUGAUUACUGUGACUACAUUUUCCUUGCUUCUGUAACCUUGCAACAAUCUAGUUUUCUGUGUUUUUGGCUUGGUGCCUGGAUGCUAAACCAUAAAUGCAUACAAAUGUACUCAGUUUUGUUAGGUUCCUGCCCCUGUCCAUUGCAUUAAUAGCUACGUAAAGGUCUUAAGUUUAUUCUUAGUUCCAGUGCCUGUGAAUGCCAGGAUCAUUCCUGCUUUUUAACUGCUUCCUGUUAACCAAUGGGGGCAACAAAUUAGGUAUUACAUCCAAACUGGAGAGCAUGGCUUGUUUCACUCCAAACAAACCAUGAUUAGCUGAGAACAAACCCUUAGUUUAAUACCAUGGUUAUAGAUUACAGUGGUACCUCAGGUUACAUACGCUUCAGGUUACAUAUGAUUCAGGUUACAGACUCCGCUAACCCAGAAAUAGUGCUUCAGGUUAAGAACUUUGCUUCAGGAUGAGAACAGAAAUCGUGCUCUGGCGGCGCAGCGGCAGCAGGAGGCCCCAUUAGCUAAAGUGGUGCUUCAGGUUAUGAACAGUUUCAGGUUAAGUACGGACCUCCGGAACACAUUAAGUACUUAACCUGAGGUACCACUGUAUAACUCUCUGAAGGCAGUUCUCUUGCAUAACAGCUUCUAUAGGCAGAUUCACCUUAGAAACAUAUUUGUGAUGUGAAAAACCUGUGAGUUGAUGGAAACACACACACACACACACACACACACACACACACACACACGGAGUGUCUAUUUUUGUUGAUGCAUGAAUUGAGGAUGCCCAAUUUUUGGUAGAGACUCUCUCCACACCUCUUCUGCAUCCUGGUCAGUAAUACAAGGAAAAGGUCAUAUUUUUAGGAAUCAUGCUAGUCCUGUCUCGGACUGCAAGCUGCCUUACUCCUUGAGCCAAAAUUAUGUGUGUAUUAAACCUGAAAACCAUGUCGCUAGAACACCUCAUAAACUAAAUCCAAAGGUAGUUUGGAUUCUUUAGUUUUAAAUCUAGAGUUGUUAUAUUAGCCUGAUUAAGGAACAACAUUGCUAUAGACUUUAUAAAUAAAUAAAUAAAUAAAUAGGUUUAUUUAUUUGAUGGCUUUAAAACCCCGGCUGUUCAGUACAAUUCCCAGAGUGCCUUUGUAUGAGAGAGUGAUAUGGGCUCUUCCUCGGUUUUGCGUAGGUGUGAGAAUGUCACAGAGCUACAUUUUUUGAGGCUAUUUGUGCCAGGUUUGUGCACUCUUUUAAAUGCAAGUUUUGGCACCGUCUUUGUAAGGCUGUGGUUUAGCUGGUUUACUCCAAAUGGCGUGGUUUUAUCAAGGCCAGAAGGCUGAAGUACUGUAUUGGUUGGUGAUGUUUGCUUCUGGAAGCCCAGAAGCAUUAUGAAAAUUACUAAGGCUGCAUAAGCACCAUACCCUUUAAAGCACAUUCUUUCCCUCAAAGAAUUCUGGGAACCGUAGUUUGCAUCUCACAGAAUUAGAAAUCCCACCAGCCCUUUAACUCCAGUGCCCAGAAUUAUUUGAGGGCGAAAUUGUGCUUUGAAGGUGUAUUGUGGGCACAGCCUAAGGGAUGCCCAAACUUUUUUCAAAGAGGGCCAGAUUUGAUGAAGUGAACAUGCGUGAGGGCCAACCAAAGUUGUUAAGUUUUUUUGAGGAUUGAAGUUACAUCCACCAUCCAAAAUCAGUGAGAUGCUCACAUUAGUAGUCAUAGGACCUUUGUUUUGCGAGGCCUCCUCUGGAAGAUGUUCUGUCUGGUUGAAACCUAAUUCCUCCUCAUCAAGAUAUCUCAUUUUAGUCCAAAAGCAACCUUAUGGCCAGCCCUCCUUCAAAUGUACAAAAGCGGUGGUACCUGGCUUUCAACAUUGCAUUAUAUCACCAGCUAAACAUUGCAAUAUAUCGAUAUAGCAGUGUUUGAAGUAAGGAUGUAACUAUGUAGAUGCAUUGGCUUGCUUCACAGUUUUUCCCACAUUGUGAUUUUUCCUUAGUCCCAGGGUUGGAAAAAAAUCAGUGAUUUAAAAAAAAAAUCGGAUUUUUAAAAAAUAUUAAAUCAGAUUUUUAAAAUUUAAAUUGGAUUAGUAAAAUAAAAUGCUUUUGGAGGAAAAAUCUUUCUACAGAUAGUUUUCUGUUUAAGUUACAUUACAGUCCAAAGUAUUUGUUUUAAGCUUUUCAUGUGUGCGGAAGUUUUUUUUCAAAAACCUUUUAACCACACCAGUUAACAAACAUGGAUACAUAUGCUAUAAUGUUUUUGUUUUAGUUAAAUAAAUUGUUUAAAUUGUUGUUCAGGAAAUGAUUAUUUUUCUCCUUCCAAUAGUAAGCAGAAAAGUUGUCCAAAAAGAAACAGUUAACUUAUUAAAACCUCUCAAUAAUUUCAUAAUUGUCUAUGUAUUUCUUAUAGUGUAAUCAAAUCAGCAAUUUUUGAUAUAACUGUAAAAACUACUCUGAAAAUUUAUUAUUCAAAAAAUGAAACCUUCAUCUGGUUGUAAAUGCUAACAUUAUACCAGCAAGAAUGAGUCUUUCUGUAAAAAAAUAUUUACUGUAUUUUUCGCACCAUAGGACGCACCGGACAAUAGGACGCACUUUGUUUUAGAGGGGGGAGAACAAGAAAAAAAAAUUCUCCCCCUCUCUGCCCAGCGCCCCUUCAGCGAAGUGGCAGGAGGCGCUGUGCAGAGAGGGGAGAACUCCCCUCUUGUUUUCCCGCUCUAAAACAAGGUGCCGUUUAAGGUGCGUUCAGGCGGCUACCUGGAAGCCUGGAGAGCGAGAGGGUCGGUGUGCACCGACCCUCUUGCUCUCCAGGCUUCAGGUUCCUUCGACCUGCUCUUUGGGGCUGGCGGGGAAGCCCACCACCAGCCCCAAAGAGCAGGUCAGGGAGCAGCGGAAAGGCGCAGCGGAGAGCCAUAGCCGCGCGUCACUUCUCCAGCCGGGAGAGGGUCGCGGGGCUAUGGCUUCUUUAGCCCCGCGCGCACUCUCCCGGCUGGAGAGGUGACAGGCGGCUAUGGCAAGAGCCUCAAUAGCCGCGAGUCACCUCUCCCGCCGGGAGAGGGUCAGCGAGGCUAUGGCGUCUUCGCUCCAAAGGACGCACACACAAUUUCCCAUAAUUUUUGAAGGGAAAAAAGUGCGUCCUAUGGAGCGAAAAAUACGGUAAAUCAAGUCAUACUGACUAGUGAUUUAAAUCGAUUUGAUUUAAAUCAAACCCACCCUGCUUAGCCCACAGACACAAAUCAUGAUUUGUGAUAUAUUGCCAGGUCAGAAAUUAUGAAACUGAGAUCACGAUAUGGGUUUCAAACUGGUUUUGCGUGGUGGACAGGGAAAGCCUGAUUAACUUUUGUGCCAGUCUCUGAACUAUUGUUUCUAGAAGGUUGAAGCGGGGCCUGUUUUAGCUAAAAUGGUGUUGGUGGGGAGUUGACGUCAGAUGGACCUUGUAAGAUUUCAGUCAAUAAUAACCCCCUGCACAUUUUCACUAAUAAUUCAAGCCGUCUUUGACAAUUAAUUCAACAUAGUCAUUCUUCUAUUCCAUUUAUGGGAAUUUAAUGCUUAGCAAAACCCCACUUCUAUCUAUCUAUCUAUCUAUCUAUCUAUCUAUAUAUGAGAGUUAUAUUUCUUAAGGCAGUGGAAGUAUCAAGAGAACACAUCUUUCUUCCUUCUUCCGGCCUUAAGUUAUUUAUUGUUGUGAUGUGGCAGGUUUUUGAUUUAUUUCCAGGCCCGGACUUCCUGUGCUCCUGAGGCAUUAGGGACUUCAUGCCUUGAAUUUUUUUGUAGGGUUUUUGCCCAUGAUCUCUUGAAACGCCAGCCAAACUGCGAGCAAGCUUUAACAAACAGAGGACAUAGAUCAUGAGAGGAUAUAUAUUCUACAUAAUAUUUGGGUUUUGUCCUAACCAGGUCUGGUAUCACCGUGAAGCACACAUUUCUACAAAAUAAAUAAAUAAACAAACGUAAGGUACAUUGAGGUACCCUGAGACAGAAAUUAGAGAAAAGCAAAAUAAAUAUCUAAAAAUUCGUAUGUUAUAGAAGAUAAAAGAAUCAGGUAUUAAAACAAUAUGUUAAGCAAAUGUUAAAACAACAGUAGACUUAAAAAAAAUGGCCACCACAGUUUAAGUUGACUUCAGCAAGGUCUUCAGUAAUCGCCUAAAAACAAUUCACAAAAUCUAGUUGAAGACUGUGCCAUCUGUGAGAGUUUGAAACUUUAUUUGUGUUUUGGGUUGGUGCACAAUAAACCAGUCUAAAACACACCAGGAUUCCAGGAAGAGACUGCUGGAAUUGCAAAUGAAGCAGCACUGUGAUUCAGGAAUAAGAUGCAAUUUUGCAAAGAAACUUUUGACUGUGACUUAGUUGUACCUAUGACUCAGCCAGGGAGUGUUUCCUGUUAACAGGGAACAUAUUUCUGUUCAGAGCUCGUGUUUUGCAAUCACCCACUCAGCAGCCUGAGAGUACAAAUCAUGUGCUUAUGAUAGCAAAUUACAAUACCUGGGCCCAGUUAAUCAUGUUCUUGAAUCCUUUCUCAAAUCAUAGCCUCCUUGGUCUGUGAGUGGUGUGCUUUUAAAGGGCAGGUUGUCAGCAUUCAGUUUUAAAAUAGUCCCACUUAAGGUUUUUGUCAGCGUGCCACAAAUCGAGCUCUAGCUCGAAGAGAAGCUUGACACUCUAGUGUGUCCUGCAGUGCAUAUACAUUCCCAGGGACCCUUUAGUAUUGGCCAGUGGCAUAGCGUGGGUUGCCAGUGCCCAGGGCCAUGCGGAGUGAGGUGGGAGGGAAACGGACGGGAGUACACAUGUGCAUUCAGUUGCCUAAUGGCAUUUGCGUCACCCAGGAGAUCACAGCCAUAGAGAUAAGAAAUGAAGAGCUGUUCCAUCGUCUGGAGAGGUCACUUCCUGGUUCGCUGGGAGAAGCCAUUUUCAGUGGAGCCCAGCGAUGGAAGCGCACAACUGUAUUGAGGCAGCAAUGGGUGUUGAAAUUUUGCGCCCCUAAGAACAUUGUGCCUGGGGCAACCGCCUUGUACCUCCCCCACACUUUGCCACUGGUAUUGCCUGCAAUUAAAGAGGGAGAUGCAGGCAGGAGGUCUUGCACACUUGCUGAUGGUGGCAGCUGAGGCUCUGGCUGAUUAUUCAUGCUUCAAAGCAGGGGCAAAGAAUCAUGGCUCAGCAGUAACUUAUGUGUUGUUGUUGUUGGAAUCCGUUCUGGAAGUCAGUUCGACUUCCAAAACGUUUGGAAACCAAAGCGCAGCUUCUGAUUGGGUGCAGGAAGCUCCUGCAGCCAAUCGGAAGCCACGGAAGCCCCAUCGGACAUUCAGCUUCCAAAAGAGCGUUCAAAGACCGGAACACUCACUUCUGGGUUUCGAUCGUUCAGGAGCUGAAACGUUCGGCAACUAAGCCGUUCGAGAUCCAAGGUACGACUGUAUAUUAUAUCUACUGUAAUCUGUGAGCAAAUUUGGAUCACAUACUUAAACAUCAGCCUUAAUAAACCACAAUAUCUCCCUUGGUACAGUUAUAUUAUGAGCCUAAAUGAAUUCAUAUUAAUUGUGAUUUGUCUUCUUUCCUGGUCUGUAAACUCUGAGAUACACACUCUCUCUCGUGAGACACACACACACAUCUCCACAGCUUCUAUCCUUAUUUUUUGAAAUAUAUGACAUUCCUUCAGCUCUUUAUAAUCUUCUGAUUCAGGAGGUAUCCUGCAGUAUUAGUACAAGCCAUGCAGUGUAUAGGCUGUUUUUCCUUUCUGACAUCCAGUGUGGUGCUGGGGUUAGAGUGUUGGACUAGCACCUUGGGAAGGUACCCCUGCCCGUACGGGACAGUCGUGUCCGACUCUAGGGUUGUGCGCCCAUCUCACUUAAGAGGCCGGGAGCCAGCGCUGUCCGCAGACACUUCCGGGUCACGUGGCCAGCGUGACGAAGCUGCUCUGGCGAGCCGGCACCAGCGCAGCACACGGAAACGCCGUUUACCUUCCCGCUAUACAGCAGUACCUAUUUACCUACUUGCACUUUGGCGUGCUUUCGAACUGCUAGGUGGGCAGGAGCUGGGACCGAAAGACGGGAGCUCACCCCGCCGCGGGGAUUCGAACCGCCGACCAUGCGAUUGGCAAGCCCUAGGCGCUGAGGUUUUACCCACAGCGCCACCCGUGUCCCUAGCACCUUGGGAAACCAGAGUUCAAAUCCCCAGUUGGCUAUGAAGCUAACUGCCUUUCAGCCUAACCUACCUUGUAGGGCUGUUACGGGGAUUAAAUGGGUGUGUGUGUGUGUGUCUACCUUGAGCUCCUUGAGGAAAAAGGUGGGAUGUAAAUGCAAAAACAAAGCAAAACAAAUCUGUUGGAAUCUGUACUCUCCUGCUGAAUCUGUACUCUCCUGCUGGUUCCUCUUUAAUUCAAUUCCUAGGUAUGAACAAUACAAGCUUUAAUGCUGGUGUGUUUGUUUGUUUGUUUGUGUUGCUUGUCUUGAAUUAAAGGUGUCAUCUUGCACAUGUUCAAGCCCCUUCUGGCACAGUGUAUCCAGCUUUCUCCCCUGGGCGAUCCCUCCGUGCUUGUGUUAGAUUGCCUUAAUUUCCUAGAAACAUUUAAGUUUCACCACCAUCUCUCUUUUUCUCUCUCUCCUUAGGUGGCUUUGCUUUUGUAUAUGAAGCUCAGGAUGUUGGAAGUGGCAAAGAUUAUGCUUUAAAGGUAAAUAUCCUCAGUUUCUUGGGACUCAACGCAUGUCUUUACAUUGUUGACAUGGUUAACAGUAAGGCAGCAAACAUGAAAAUACCCAUAGCUUAUAAUGAAUCAGUUUGGAAUCUUUGCCAUAGAAAGUAAUGCAAAAUGGAUUAAUCCGUUCCAGACUUUUAAAAACAACCCCUGAAACAGCAAUUUAACAUGAGUUUUGUGAUCUAACGAGACCAUUGAUCCAUAAAAUGAGAGCAAUAAACAAUGUACUGCAGUCACACAACCAAUCAAUCAGUAGCUGAAGUGGGUUCCACACAGUCACAAAAACAGACCGAAAAGAGCCACAAAAACGCAAAAUAAAUAGCAAAAACAGACAGACCUCAGCAUAACACGCAAAACAGAAGCGUGGCACUCAAAUUGGAAGCGUAACACUCAAAUUGGAGCACAUUCAGCUUCCGAAAAAAGUUCGCAAACUUGAACACUUACUUCCGGGUUUGCAGUGUUUGGGUUCCAAGUUGUUUGAGUUCCAAGGCGUUUGAGAACCAAGGUACUGCUGUAUGUCCUAGUUGGAAGGAAGCACGGCUCUUUCUUUGUAUGUUUUUUUUUAAAAAAAAUUCUAAGGGUGUGUAUGGGACGUGGGUGGCACUGUGGUCUAAACCACUGAGCCUCUUGGGCUUGCCGAUCAGAAGGUCAGCGGUUCAAAUCCUCAUGACGGGGUGAGCUCCCAUUGCUCGGUCCCAGUUCCUGCCCACCUAGCAGUUUGAAAGCACGCCAAAAAGUGCAAGUAGAUAAAUAGGUACCGCUCCAGCGGGAAGGUAAACGGCGUUUCCGUGCGCUGCUCUGGUUUUGGUGUUCCGUUGCGCCAGAAGCAGCUUAGUCAUGCUGGCCACAUGACCCGGAAAAAUUAUCUGCGGACGAACGCCUGCUCCCUCGGCCUGUAAAGCAAGAUGGGUGCCGCAACCUUUACCUUUACCGUUUAAGGGCAUGUACGGAAGCUAUGUUUGUUGUGAUGAUUUGUACAAUUAGUAAAGUAGGAGGCUAACAGUAGGUGGUGCCAAAGCCAGUGACGGGCAGAGCCAAUUAAGUCUAGUUUCUUCCUCAUCCUUCUCCUUGUUAAGUUACACAAGGGCCACGCUGAGACUAAGGAAGAGGAAGAUGACAGGCUUUGCCAUUGCCUGGACUGUUCAUAACUAAUAAGGCAGACAGUGGGGGCUAGCUGAGGGCAGACUGAAGUUUGAGGGCAGUACAUCAUUCGCCCUAAGUGGCUGACCUUUGCUGCGAUUUAGUAGUUCAUAUACUUUCUUGCUGCAUCUGAGAAGUAAACUAUUGCUUUGCCAAAUGCCGGCAUUCCUGCUUCACGGUGUCUCUGUAGGCCACCUUCCUUUCUAGUGCAUCGCUACUGUAGAGAAUCAUUGGGAUCUUGCCAUUCGAGAUUUGAAUGGUUUUGCAAACUCAUCUGGAACAAUAGCAGGAGGAUAAUGGUGUCCCUUUUUUCCAAUUGGCUUUUGUUUCAGAACAACCUAGAAUAGCUUUCAGUGUUAAACCUUUGUUUCAGGCUUUUGCUUAUUGCUUUUUUGAUAUAUAUGAAUUGCAAGCCCUUUAACUUGCACCAGAUGCUUCCAGAGCAUUGAACAAUGAAAUACUUAGAGGGGUGCAUUUGGAUAGUUCUGGGGUAUAGUGUCAUCGAUGCUACGUAAACACUUAAAGAAUAAAUAAGCCAUAAAACCCUAGCCUGCCCCCUCCCCAGGACUAAAGUCACUAGUGAAUGUGUCAGAGCAACUUACAAGUUAGCUAUUACCAUGAGACUGGUGUUCCUUCUCUCUGGGAUACUUCUGCCCCAGAGUAGAUUUGUUGAAAACAUAAUAUUUGUUACAUUUCUUAAAACAUGCAAGCCUUUCUUCCUCUAAGGGGCUCUGAGUGAUAUUUUGGUUUCAUAAAUGACCUGUAAAGGUAGAUCAAUCUGAGCAGCAGUGACUUGUCCAAGGGCACCCACUGAAUGUCAUGGCUGAGUCAGAAGUUGAAGGUGGGACGGGACACCAUAUCAGGCUGGCAUUUGUAGCCAUAUUUCUCCAUAACGGGUAGGUAGCAAACUUUUGGUGGCCCAAAAUUGGGGAGGUGUGCAGGAAAGCCCUCUUCUUAACUUGUAAAACAGACUCUGGUGUCAUUAUAAGAAGGUUGUACAGACUCUAGAAAGACCUCAAAGACCUUCUCAUAAUGGUGUUGCACCAGAGGGAGAGAAAUGGGUGUAAAUGUGUGAAGCCUCCAGCCCACGUGUGCUCAGGAGUGUAUGUGUGUAUGCCCUUUUUUCUCUGUGAAGGAGAAAUGAUUACGAAUAGCACUGGGUGCUUAAGCUUUGCCUUCUGAAACAGUGUGCUUAUAGAGGUUACUUGCAUGUGUUCAACAGUUGGUCGUUAACCGUAACAAUCCGCAACAAGUGAAAAUUAAGAUUCCCGGGAAUUUGCACUAGGCACUAAGUUUGCACAAGGUUUUAGGUCACAAGCAAAACCACAAGCAUGUGGAAAUUGCGGAAAUCUGAAAGGUGUUUCCACGCAAAAUGACUUUCCUCAACCGGAUGCCCUUGGUAUAUUGUUGGACUACAACUCCCAUUGGCCAUGCAGCUGGUGUCUGAUGGGAGUCGUGAUCUGACAAAAUUUGAAGAGCGUUAUGUUGAGGAAGACUGUUAAACUGGGCUAAGAUUCUCCCUCCCCCCCCCCAAAUGUUGGACCUAUUCUUGCAAGUGACUUCAUAAUGGUAUCAUAAUUUGAACUUUAAGUGAUGGGUCUCUGGUGCUGCCAUGCUUCUUGUCACCAGUGCUUCACAAUGGAUGUUGAAGAUGGCAAGGCAGGCUGUCCCUGAUAUUUGCGUGUGGGCUGUGAAAUGUCUCUUUCAUUAUAUAAAUCAUAAGAAUAUAUGCUGUCAUAAAAAAGACUGAUAUUAAUUUAUUGGAAAGAUAAUGCCAUGUCUCUCUAUGAUCAGUGGAUAGAAGAUACGGCAACUCUAGCAACGCAUGAACAGAUCGCUUUUCAACGCAGAUUGUGUAUGGAUAAAUGCAACAAUAUUUGGAAUCCAUUCAUAAAAAGCAUAAUGCCUUGUUAACAAUUUUACAUUUCUAUAACAUCUUUAUUUCCUGACAGAGAUUAUUAUCUAAUGAAGAAGAAAAGAACAAAGCCAUCAUUCAAGAAGUUUGUUUUAUGGUAUCCUUUUAGAGACAACCUGAAACGCUUUGGGUAAAGCAGUCCUUAAUUAUACAGUUAUGCAUAUCCGUCUUUGGUUGUCACAGGUUGUCUAAGGGAUCAUAUCUGUGGAAGUUCAGAAAUUUCAUAGUUUGGUACAAAUGAUCCUUCUUUUUGUUUGUGGCACCAGGAUUUCUUCUGACACGUUAAAUGAAGGCAUACAGAUAAAAAUUUUGGCUUGUCUUAAUUUUCCCAAUUCACAUAGGCACUAUAAAAAGAAAUGUGCUGUGUGACCUGUUCUUAUUUCUUAAAACAUCGUUGGAAAUGUUUCUGUAGCAGUAGAUUUGCCCGCACGCUCCCUGCCUCCAGAGAAAGCUGGGAAUUCCAAUGGAUUUGGGACUGUAAUCUCUCAAGGAAACGAGCUGUUCUUUAUUGUAUAACCUGGCUGCAAAAGAUGUGUUCCAAAUCUAGCAAUCUUUGAAACUUUAACAGAUGAAAUCCUCUAGAAAAAGCUAUCUGGUCACCCGAACGUUGUCCAGUUCUGCUCUGCUGCAUCAAUUGGAAAAGAAGAAUCUGAUACUGGACAAGGGGAGUUUCUUCUGCUAACUGAGCUUUGCAGAGGUAAAAUGAUAAUUUAUGUGGGCUCUUUAUUGUUUGGUGGACUAAUCUAGCAGUUCAGCCAAGCCGGUCCUUCCUUCAGAGAUGACUGUGGUGAGGCUAGUCAAAACAGCCUUCCAGCUUUGUAGAUAAGCUGACCAAUUUUACUUAGUCAGCAAAAACUUCUAGUGGCCAGCUUGGGUCUUGGCAGAGGAGGAAGAAGAGACCUCUGGUAGUACAUUUCUUUUUUUUUUUUUUGAAUUAAUAUUUAUUAAAGUUUCAGAAAUAAUAAAAUCACAUUAAUAAACAAUAAAUUUUUUAACAAAAACAGAGAAAAAUACACCAUACAAAAUACAAAAUAGAAAAAAGAGGGGGAAAAAAGAAAAGAAAAAAACAGUUAAAAAAUAGUUCCGUCUUUUCAUAACUUCUUUUACAUUUACUUGUUUCCCGGACUUCCUCAUACCUCCCUCUUUUGUAUUCCAAUUCAGUUUGUAAGCCCAGCAAUUUCUUUCCCUCCUUUUUAAUUCCAAUCCUAAAUCUUAAUAUAUUAUGACAUUAGAUUUUUACCUAUUUAGAACCAAUUUUUCCAUUUCUCUUAACCUUUUUGAUCCUAAUCCGUAAUCUUGAUGUAUUUAUAGCUUUAAAACCUGUACAGCUAGAAGCCACUUAACUUCAAUCCAACAUCACUCUAACAUUCAUUAAUUUUGGAAUGUUUCUGUAAAUAAUCUUUAAAUUUCUUCCAAUCUUCUUCCACCAACUCUUCUCCCUGGUCACGGAUUUUGCCAUUUCUAUACCAGACACAUUUCUAUGUCUCCUGGCAGCCUACUUUGGUUUUGAUUCUGGAUGCUGAGAAGGAAUGGAGCACCCCAUUCCUGCAUGGAACUCUUUGCUAUGGCUACUGGGCUCAUGCCCAGUAAGAUAAAGCUGUUUUCUUUUUCAAUUAUAUUUUACCAAGUUUCAACAUUUUUAACAUACACAAUCAAGAUACAAUUUUGUCUUUUCUCUUGAUUUUGUUGAUUUCCCACUUUGUUUUCCAUGGAGUUGUUGCUUCUCCCCUUCUGCUGCCCCCUAUCUUCUAUCUAUUAAAUCAGGUUAAGGCUGUUUUCUUGUCACAAGGGGUUGCCGCUUACAGCCAGUGUCACAGAUCUUGUCCACCAGGUAGGGUGGAGACGCUACGCUAGCUUCCCGGAAGCUGGACCUUCCAGUUGUUGCUUACCAGGAGGGAGAGGGGCAGGACGGUUGGUGCAGUGCAGAUGCACGGGCAGAGCCAAUCCAGCGCUCUUUCUGGUGCGUUCACACUGCACUGACAUCUGGGCCACAUCACAUCUUGGUAAAGCAACUGUGACCCACCUGCCUGGAAGCUAGCACAGCGGCUCUUCCCAACCCGGCGAGCUACUUCGCAAGUCACUCUCGCAUCUAUGGAUAUGUAGUUCUAUACUGGGGGUUCUUAGAGUACAGCCUCAGCCCCCCAGCUCUGCAUUUGCCCUGUGCCUGGUGUCAGGUCUUCUUUUUUAACAACCAUGUGUUGCAUGUGUUUGUCUAAAGCCAAGUUGUGCGCUCCCCCUCAUUUACAGGUGCUCCUUCUGAGCUAGGCACCAACCAAAGCUGUCAACCGUCCUUUAUUUGGCAGGAAACUCCCUUAUUCCAGCACCGUGUCCCGCUGCUGUCCCUUAUUGAUGAUGUCUCUUAAAUUUCCUGGGUUUCAAAGGAAGCAGUUCUUCUCCUUCCCUCCCUGCUGGCCAGGGAGGAGGGAGGCUCCAACUGUGUGGCUUGGCUGCGUUGCUCACCCAAUAAGGAGUCUAAGAAUGACUGGGGGUGGAGCUUGCAUGCCUUGUGCCGAUCAAAUCGGCUGCGUUGCCUGGGGACUCGCUUUUGCUUAGCGCUUCCCAGCAGAGAGGUGACGGUGGUUUUCCUUGCUGCAUCCCCUUUGCCGGGUUGCUGCGCUGUGGGAACCACCGCUUGAGGCUUCGUUUGGCUUCUGGCUGGGCUUUCUGCCUUUGGCUCGGAGGGGCUCAGAAGGCGAACAUACCUGUGCCCGGAAAAUCCCUUAUUUUGGCUGCUGAUCCCUUAUUUUCGAGGCUGCUGGUCCCUUAUUUUCAAAUCUGUAAGUUGACAGCUAUGGCACCCACACAACCAGGAGUCCCGAUUAUGCAGAGCCCCUAUACCAGUGUUUCCUAAUGUUGGGUCUCCAGCUGCUCACUGCCCUAUAUACAAAGUGAAGCUUGCUUGUUGGCCUUCUUAUAUAGACACUAGCAUGCAACACAAGGUGGUUUGGAUGCAGGUGACGCUGUGGUCUAAACCACUGAGCCUCUUGGGCUUGCCGAUCAGAAGGUCAGCGGUUCAAAUCCUCGCGAAAGAGUGAACUCCCGUUGCCCUGUCCCAGCUCCUGCCAACCUAGCAGUUUGAAAGCAUGCCAGUGCAAGUAGAUAAAUAGGCGGGAAGGUCAACGGUGUUUCUGUGAGCUCUGGCACUCGUCACAGUAUCCUGUUGUGCCAGAAGCCGUUUAGUCAUGCUGGCCACAUGACCCAGAAAGCUGUCUGUGGGCAAAUGCCGGCUCCCUCGGCCUGAAAGUGGGAUGAGCACCACAACCCCAUAGUCACCCUUGACUAGACUUAACCAUCAUGGGGUCCUUUACUUUUACCUUUAGGAGGUGGUUGGCCCCCUCCCCUUUUUUAAUAAAAAAAGGAAUAUCCAAUGUUCGCUUGUGUGCCUUACAUGGAAGCAAUCCAUGCAUUGGUCUCCCCUAACCCCUUUCUCAUAACCUUCUUGUUUAUUGAAAACCACAUUGGGAAAGGCAUUUUAAAUUGACGUAGAAAUGACUGGCUCUUCUUUCCUCCCACACAGUUAUUCUUUUCCCCCCUUCUCUCUCUCUCCCCCCCGAGACGGAUAUUAAUUAGGACUGUGAGCUUUAAUCACAGCCUUAAUUGCCGAUUAAAAUUUGCUCUCUAAUUAAUUGGUGUGACCGGGACUGAAGGGCACCCUGCCGUGCAGGUCACACAGACACGAUGGCUCCUUUGUCCUUGUGCCAAGUUGGAAGAGAAGAAACACUUGGAAGAGGUUUUUUUUUCUAAUGGCUUUCCCCUUUGGUCUGUAUCCAGAGCUAGUAGAUGUUUUGCAUUUGAAGUUAGUCAGCUUUUUCUUCUUGCAGUGAGAACUGCAGGCAGCUGAGACUGACAGGGUUCAGUAUUUGCUUUUGCUCACUCCUCCACCCCCCCUCCUGCUGCCCUUGGAUCUUGGCCAUGAUUUGAGAAUUGAGGGCUGGGGAAUUAACAUUUCACAUACUCUGGAGUUCCUUGUUUUAUAUGUGCAGGAGCUACUGCUUAGGAACAGGAUAGGAAGAUUUGCUUAGGAAUCUAAUAUUGUGUAGGAGGGCAUGAGAGGUUUGCUGUUUGUGGGCUAAUAAGGGGGCAAGAUGGCCGCCCAUCUCAUCCUGGUUUGAGGUGGCAGACUUCUGAGGGUGGAGACCUGGACCCCCAUUUCAUGGUGUGUUCACUCACAAGAAGGGAAGAACUAAGGAAGGAAAUUAAUUGGCAAGUAGGGUGGGCUCUACCCUUUCUGGUCUGGGGUGGGGGCCAAAUUCUCACUCAAAUAUAGAAGAAGCCAUGUUGUUUGCUUCCUUGCUUCCUUGCUUGGUUUGUGUGUGUGGCGCCACAUCUGCAUGUUUAAAGUGUUAUUAUCCCACUUUAUACAGUCAUGGCUUCCCUAAAUUGGUAGUGUACAGCUCCCCAGGGAAUUGCAGUUUGUUAAGGGGUGCUGAGAGUUGUUAGGAAGCCCUCGUAUUCCCCUCACAGAGUUCUAUGAAUUUUUCGUCCACAGGGCAAGUGGUGGAAUUUCUGAGGAAAGCUGAAUCCAAAGGGCCCCUCUCGUGUGACACGGUGUUGAAGAUCUUUUAUCAGACCUGCCGUGCAGUGCAACACAUGCAUAAGCAGAAACCUCCUAUUAUUCAUAGAGAUUUAAAGGUACAGAAUCCGAAACAAGCUGAACGGCUGAUUUAUGCAGAGGAGGAGUUUGUUAUGAAUCCGGAGCAGCAGCCAGUAGCAAGUUAUUUAAUCUUUUCAUAAAAUUUAUAUACUUCUUGAGGGUAGAAAACGAAUGAACCUAAAAGCAGUUUAUAAUAUUUAGACUGAGUGUGUUUUGAGUUUGUCAUGUAGUAAAUGGAAAAGUAUUGCAUCGGAUAAUAAUAAUAAUAAUAGUAAUAGUAAUAAUAGUGGUAAUAAAGUUAUUAUUUAUACGCCACCCAUCUGGGUGGGUUUCCCCAGCCACUCUUGGCGGCUUACAGCGUAUAAAAACAUAGUAAAACCUCAAAUAUUAAAAACCUCCCAAUAGAGGGUUGUCUUCAGAUGUUUUCUAAAAGUCAGAGAGUUGUCCAUUUCCUUAGCAUCUGAUGGGAGGGCGUUCCACAGGGAGGGUGCCACUACCGAGAAGGCCCUCUGCCUGGUUGGCAAAAACAUGCUACUAAAUUAUAUUGGCUGAGAAUAAAGAGGUGGGAGGAUGUUAAGGAUUGGUCGUACAUGUACGCAGCCCACACACUAAGUUAGUCGCAAGCUUAGCGGUGGGCACAUAUGGAAGUCCAAACCAAAUGGUUCAUAGAAUGCUUUUAAAGCAGUCACUACAUUUUAGAUCUCUUGGGGCUGGUUCAUACAGCCAGCCAUAUGGAAACAUUCUUGUAGUACAAUCCCUAAUUAAAAGUAGUCUGGGAAAUAUUGAUAGCUACAUGAUGUUUAUCGCAUCUUUCGUUGUACUUUAUUCCAUUAGGCUAAUCUAAGAAGCAGCGUUCGCUGCUUUCCAGAGGGAAGGCCUCUUCUAAAAUAAACACACGUAUUAGGGAGUGUGAACAGUGCAGCCAGUACAGAAUUGAUAAAUCUUGUGCGCUUUGAUGCUGUGAACUUGGAGGAUAUAUGCAUGAAAAGCUGCCUUUUUUAAUAUAAAUGUGUGUCCGCUGAAUGUGCACCCUUAAACUCCCCACUUGAUUGUCCAUACAGAUAGAAAAUAUGCUGAUGAGUAACCAAGGAACAAUUAAACUGUGUGACUUUGGCAGUGCAACAACCAUAGCACAUUACCCUGACUACAACUGGUCCGCACAGAAAAGAGCAGCGGUUGAAGAGGAGGUGAGAAACCUGAUACUCUGAUUUAUUUUCAACGUUUUGUAACUCUAGGCUUUUUGGUAUCCCUUAAAUCCAUUAGAUCAAAUUCUGUCGCAGUGGAAAUCACUUGGAAAUGUUAUUGGGGGGGGGGGCAUUUUUUCCUGGUCCUAUACAAGACAUACUUAAACUACUGCUGUAAUAAAAUAGUAGCCUUCAGCUGUGUAUGGCUGCAAGCCUGUACACAUUUAACCUGGGAAUAAGCCCCACUGCAUUAGAUUGUGCUGUCUGCUAAGAAGCACACCACAUAAAGUGUCCUUUUCUCUCCGAACCACAGCACAAAUACUACAUCUCUUGGGUACUUCGGUCUUCUCUGUUGGUUAAGGCUGAAUAUAUUUCGUUCAGAUAACGUAAAAGUCGUGUCCAAAAGUUCUGCAUUCGGUUUCCAAAAUGAAUUGUGAGCCAAGCUGCCUGUGUCGCCCUGAUUUGUAUAACAUUACUUCUGAGAGCUGCUUUUCAGAAACCUGGAACGCUUUUGGCAAGGGCUGGUAGAAUAGCAACAGGCACCUGAAUUUAGGGAGCAGCAAUCUUAGAAGAAAAUCAGGGAGCCAUGCUCUAGGGUGCUGCAGUGCCCUCUCCUAGUCACCAGGGGCCACUAUAUUUUGCUGGAGCUUCAUGAUGGCUUUUAAGGCAGUGCUACAUGAAGGAGUAAGGGAUGUGGGUGGCGCUGUGGGUUAAACCACAGAGUCUAGGUCUUGCCGAUCAGAAGGUCGGCGGUUCGAAUCCCCAUGACGGGGUGAGCUCCCGUUGUUCGGUCCCGGCUCCUGCCAACCUAGCAGUUCGAUAGCACAAAGUGCAAGUAGAUAAAUAGGUACCGCUCCAGCAGGAAGGUAAACGGCGUUUCCGUGCACUGCUCUGGUUUGCCAGAAAGCGGCUUAGUCAUGCUGGCCACAUGACCCGGAAGCUGUACACCGGCUCCCUCAGCCAAUAAAGCGAGAUGAGCGCCGCAACCCCAAAGUCGGUCAUGACUGGACCUAAUGGUCUGGGGUCCCUUUACCUUUACUUACAUGAAGGAGUUUGCAGUGGUCUGUCGACUGGCCAUGUGGGAACAGGAGGAUUGCAAUUACUGGUCACAGGGUCAUCAGGUUGUAAAACGCGAGCGGUGGUGGUGAACUCUCAAAAGGGUGGUCCAUUUACUACAGGCCUCUGAAAUCAUUCCCAGAAUAGCAUAAUGCUGCUUACAGGUUUUUGAAAUAUUGAGUGGUAUAUAAAUGCAUUUAAUAAAUGAAUAAAUAACCAAGAAACAGAUCAAAGAAGAUCCCUCUUCUUUGAGAGUUCCUUGCUGCAUCCCAUGGCUUGUAAGAGGAGGAUAUUGCUAUCUACAUAGAUAUCCAGUCUAACAGACUAGGUUGGCAGGAGCUGGUACAGAGCAAUGGGAGCUCACCCUCUUGCAGGGAUUUGAACCAUCGACCUUCUGAUUGACAAGCCCAGAGGCUCAGUGGUUUAGACCACAGUACCACCCGCGUCCUAGCCAACCUAGCAGUUUGAAAGCAUGCCAGUGCAAGUAGAUAAAUAGGUACCGCUGUGGUGGGAAGGUAAACGGCGUGUCAGUGUGCUCUGGUUUCCGUCACGGUGUUCUGUUAUGCCAGAAGCAGUUUAGUCCUGCUGGCCACAUGACCCAGAAAGCUGUCUGUGGACAAACGCUGGCUCCCUCGGCCUGAAAGUGAGAUGAGCGCCACAACUCCAUAGUCGCCUUUGACUGGACUUAACUGUCCAGGGUCCCUUACCUUUACACCUGACAGACUACUAAUACUGUACUGUACUGUACUGUACUGUACUGUACUUAGAAACAAGGAUUGACUUUCACAUUGAUUUCCUGAAUGUUAAUCUUGAUUUGCAUGCCACAAAGACAAAAAAUCAUUUUGUUUCUUUUUAUUAGUUGCUGCUGCAGGAGUUACAGAAACCCAAAUUUGGCAUACAGAUUGUUUUGAUGAAAAUCAAAGCAUUUUGUGCUUGGGGUGCUCUAGGUUCCUUUUAAAUUUUAUUUUGUUUCUGAAUCUCUGCUAAGUGUAUAGAAGAAGAAAAAUGCCUUUAUUUUGUGUGUCUACAGAUCACAAGGAACACAACACCAAUGUAUAGGACUCCUGAAAUAAUAGAUCUAUAUUCAAACUUUCCAAUUGAUGAAAAACAAGAUAUUUGGGUAAGCAUUUUCUUUGUACGUAGAUUAGACCUUGCGUGAUACCUUAUUUCUGAAUAUUUUCUGGAAUUUGUAUUUGUUUAGGGAAUUUCUGCCCGUCCAUUUCAUCCCAAGGUGGUUCAUAGUAAACCAAUAAAGCAUACACAAUAACACCACUGCAAUACAGACGUUAAAACUUCAAAAAUGUGGUAGCGACUUAAUACAUAUAAUAAACAAACAAACAAAACAAACAAACAAAACACCUUUUGCUCCUGAUACUCUUUCCUUUGGUUAAAUAUUAUUUAUCAGUUCUAAAGCACCUAACAUUUCACUAAGCACCGUACAGAUUUAAAAACAAGGCAGUCCUUGCCCACAGGUUUUCAGUCUAAUAAAGCAUACAACACACAAGGAAAAGGGAUAGAGAAGGAAGAGGAAAACAGGCAAGCUUACAUAGUUCUUAAAAUGUGACCACUUUAAACAAACAGUUCAGGAAAAGGAAGAGCCAAAGGCAUCUAGAAUUUCUCAGGUGAGCCAAUGGAGUGUGUGCUGCUACCUCUUUCUCUGUUGGCUAGUGUUGUAGUCGUGAAAACCUCUCACUCCUUUAUUAGGAAUGGGUGAGUUCACUGUUAACACUUUCACCAAAUCAGACCCAAUAGCGUGAAACCCUUGAAAUCAAUUGACCUAGGUUAACCUUGUCCAUUUAAUUUCUUCGGUUGGACUGCCCUGACAUUGGAAGCAACCUGAAGUGCUUUAAGCUACCAAACACUGUGCAUUGAAUUAAAAAUAGACAAGACUGUGCCAAAUCAUCUGGAAAUUUACAAGGACAAUGCAACACAAGGAACCGGAGGAGAAGAGACAUAUAAGCAAGCACACAGAUUUUUCAAGAACAUUGGGAAUGUUAAAGCCAAACAGGGAUAGGAGGCUUGCAUUUUUAUGUAAGUGGUUGGUGGGAGUGGGGGAAGCCAGUGCAGUUCUAAGGAAGUACAGCUAAAAGAAAAGAGGUAUUUGGAAGUAAUUUCUGGCUAUACUCUCAGUUUUUCUAAUUGAAGCUGGGAAGGAAGAGGGAGAGGCAGGAGAGAGAAUAAUUCUCUUGUUGACGGAUUUGAUAGAAUGUACUGAUAGGAAUGCCUUAAGCACAAUGCAGUGAACAGCAGUGUUCCAGUCUUACUGGUGAAUACAUUGUGAAUACAUUGUAGGGACGUGGGUGGCGCUGUGGUCUAAACCACUGAGCCUCUUGGGCUUGCCGAUCAGAAGGUCGGCGGUUUGAAUCCCUGUGACAGGGUGAGCUCCCAUUGCUCUGCCCCAGCUCCUGCCAGCCUAACAGUUCAAAAGCACGCCGGUGCAAGUAGAUAAAUGGGUACCACUGUGGCAGGAAGGUAAACGGCGUUUCCGUGUGCUCUGGCUUCCGUCACGGUGUCCCGUUGCGCCAGAAGCGCUUUAGUCAUGCUGGCCACAAGACCCGGAAAGCUGUCUGUGGGCAAACGCCAGCUCCCUCGGCCUGAAAGCAAGAUGAGCGCCGCAACCCCAUAGUCACCUUUGACUGGACUUAACCUUCCAGGGGUCCUUUACCUUUUACAUUGUGAAUACAUGGGCGCAUGGGCAGUACAGCAUCUUGUCCUGAGGCACUCAGGAUCAGUUUGUGGGGAAGGACAAUAGCUCAGUUUGUAGAGCAUCUGCUGUGAAUGCAAUAAAGUCCCAGGUUCAGUACCUAGUGACUCCCAAGUAGGGCUGGGAAAAAGUGCUGUCUGAAAGCCUGAUGAGUCGCUGCCACUCAGUGUAGAUGAUACUGAGUUAGAUGGACCAAUGGUUUGACUCCAUAUAGGGUGGUGAAAGCAGCAGGAGAAUACAUAGAACUGAUGGGCAGUCAGAUUAUUCUGUAUUGCUCUGCUGGGUGUUGUGAUAGGAAUUUUAUGGUCUUAGAUAUAUGGUAAUGUUCAUAAGUGUACCAACCAAGCACAUACAUAGAUCAGCACAGGAAGACCAACCUGGAACCAUUUUGAUUCCUAAACUGAGCAAAUGUUUUCUCUGCAAGGUCAAAGUGAGAAACCUCCCCAUUGUCUCUUUCCUCACAAAUCCUGUCUUAAGGGUAUGUGUGUGUUUGAAUAGGGUGUGAGCCUGUGACCUGGCCCAGGAACUAAGUAUUUAUCAUUACAAAAGACUGGCCAGGCUCCCCAGGCAAUCCAAUCAAGUAACCUGCCAGACAGGAGAUAAACAACGACAGGAGAAAAACAACAUUCAAAAUUUCUGUUUUAGACCGCCUUUUUUGUGAUGUAGGUAUGAUGUAUCUGAGGGGUGGUCUUAGGUUACACCCCUUCUGUGAUGUAUGUAUGAUGUUUCUGGGGGUGGUCUUGAUCCACAGGGUGGGAAUUUCAAAAGUCUUUAUGAGGCCUUGCGCGCCAUUUUUCUGGGUUUCUCCUCUCCUGUGGGUGAGGGGAGCACCCUGUUGCAACAGAUAAUAAAGAUCAAGCUUACUAGCUGCUUUGCUUCUCAAUAUUCUCUGGUUGGCCUCUUGUUAUUCUGUCCUACGAAUAGGGAACCUAUGUAAGGACUCUAUAUGGGCUCUUGUAUACCCCAUAAGGGAAAAGGGCAUUUUUUGUUUACAACAGUGUCAAGCUUACCAAACUUCUGUACUUGAUGAGAAAUCGAUUCAGUACUUAUAUGCACAUCUUGCUCAGUUUUGACAUGAUCGCCUGCGUUUCCAGUCCUCAUCCUCUCUGAGAGAGCAGAAUGUGGGAAGUGCUGAAGUGUUGCGAUUAUUUAUUAAAUUUAUUGGUCGCUUUUUUUGCCAUGGCAUCUCAAAGCGACUUUCAAUAUUUUAAGCAAAACCCAAACACAUACACACAUUUUAACCAGCAUAUAUUUUUUAAAAAAUGAACUGCAUUAAAACAUCUCAGCCACACAAAUAGGCCAUAGAUGGUGAAAGGCCUGAUUGAAAAGGGCAUGUUUUUGCCUGGCGCCUAAAGUUAAGUAAAUGGCAGCAGGUGUGCCUCCCCAAGAGAGCAGGAGCCACCAUUGGAAAGGCCUAUUCUCGUAUUGCCACCCUCUGUUGUGUUGUGGUCGAGAUACAAACUUGGGAUGGCAGCCAAGGUUCAUUGGCAGGGCUCAAUCUGGGAAGUCAAGCCAUGGUUUCAUGUGGGAUUUUAGCCAGGAUUAAGGCAACAAACUGCGGUUAGCACUCAUUAUGGCUGCAUGGCUGCAGCAGAUCAUCCAAUGCUGUAGCCUGCUCCGAAGUAAUUGAAUACCACAGGCUAUUGGAUGAAACGAAAUAAUAGCUCCCAUAGCUGAUUUGAUUUAAGCUUGAACAACUUAACUAUUUAGGAAUUUGGGGAGGUUUUUUUUUGUGUGUGUGUUAACUUCUGUAUUCUUUUUUUUUAAAAAAAGAUAUUUAUUAAAAUUUCAACAUAUUACAAAAAUAAGCAAAAAAAGAAAGAAAAAAUAAAAAGAAAAAAAAUAGAAAAUGAAAAUACAAGAUAAAAACAAUUAAAAAACAGAUUAGUCUUUACAUGUCUUAUGUUUCAUUUGCUUGUUUCCCCGACCUCCUCACACCUCCCUUUUUUGUAUUCCAAUUCAAAUUAAUUAAUUCAGCAAAUCCUUUCCCUCUUUGAUUUUAUCUUAAUCUUUUAUCUUAAUAUAUUAUAACUUUAAGUUAUCACCUGUUAACAAUCCAUUUUUAUAUAUUCCUUUAUAACAUUGCUGCUAAAAACCACUUAACUUCAGUCCAACAUCAUUCUAACAUUCAUUAAUUUUGCAGUAUUUCUGUAAAUAGUCUUUAAAUUUCUUCCAAUCUUCUUCCACCGACUCUUCUCCCUGGUCUCAGAUUCUGCCAGUCAUUUCCGCCAGUUCCAUAUAGUCCAUCACCUUCAUCUGCCAUUCUUCCAGAGUGGGUAAAUCUUGUGUCUUCCAGUACUUUGCAAUAAGUAACUUCUGUAUUCUUUCCCUGCAGGCAUUGGGUUGUAUCCUCUAUCUGUUGUGCUUCAGGCAACAUCCAUUCGAAGAUGGAGCUAAGCUUCGAAUAGUCAAUGGAAAAUAUUCAAUUCCUCAGAAUGACACAAGAUACACAGUGUUUCAUGAUCUCAUUCGUAAGUUUAAGUCUGUAAUGCUAAAAUCACUUGGGGCAAAUGAAAGGGGAAUGAACUGAUGUAUGAAUUUAGGGUUCUUUUUGUUUGCUUCCUUUGCAAAAAUGCACCUUUUUAAAAAUAGUUUCUGUUCAUGUAAUUAAUGGGAAAUGACAGUAUACAUGCAGGUUGAAGAGAAAAUCCAUGAAUAUAAGAAAUUAGAAGUGGCAGUGAAGUUAACCGUUCCAUCUUUUUAUUAUUUGAGUGUAGUGUUGACUUUAUUCCAGUGCACAGGUAGGCGAUUUAUGGCCCACCCGAUGAUGUGUACUACAACUUCCAUCAGCUCAAGCCAGCAUGGCCAGUGAUCAGAGAUGAUGGGAGUUGGGAGUCUUAAAUUUUUGGAAAGCACUAGUUUAGGGAAGCCUUGUUCUAGCAUAUGUGGAAGGGAUUCACCACUCCUGGCUGACUAAAAGUAUUAUACAGCCCAGCAUGUUCUGAGCUUCUCCCUUUUCUUAGAGAAUUCUCAGCUAUUCACAAUUCGAAGCCCUUGAUCACUGAAACAAUUAAAGCCACAUCUUGUGGUAUAACUGAAGUUAUGCAAAUAUUUGUUAGCCAGGUCUUUUACCCAUGUUGAAAGUCUCUUUGGAUGACUGGCAGGAUAGAAAUCUUAGGCCAGGGGAAACCAGAAAUUUGUCUUUGAGAUCUGCAGAUUAAACCCCUGUUUCAAUAAUCUGUUGUGUCAUUUUAUUAGGAUCGAGUCUGAAAGUGAAUCCGGAAGAGAGGCUGUCUAUCACGGAGCUUGUGAAUCAAUUGCAGGAGAUUGCAGCUGCUAGAAAUGUGAACCCAAAGUCGCCUAUCACAGAGGUAAUUGGAGCUAUUGAGCAAAGCCUUAUGGUUUGGGGUCCUCUGCACUGAAACUCCAAAUCGCUCGUUGAAGAUGCGCCAAUGUUGGAAUAAGGCAAAUAGAUUGGCGUGCUUCGUACAAUUCUUCCAAAAGCAAUGUUGUCAAAUAAAUUCUGUUCUGUUUCCCAUCCUCUGGACUCUGAUCUCAGAAGUCAGGGAAUAAGGGGAAUAAAUAGCAGGUAUAGAGAAACCCCAACCUCGUGCCCCUCAGCAUUUUGGACUACAAUUCCCAUCAUCCAUGGCCCAUUGGCUAUGGAGACUGAGGCUAAUGGAGGCUGUUAGUGGGCAUGAGUUUGGGAGAGGCUGGUAGAGAGCAAGAUCUGCUUCAUUUCUAGUCAUCUUGGCAUUUGCACGUGAAUAAUCUUUUUUAUUAUUUCUGGACUGCUUGAAAUAUAAGUGCUGAUCAAACUUUGCAACAUUCCCUUCCCACAAUCUACCAAACGCAUUUGGUGCUUCACAUACAAUGUGACGUUUGCAUCCCUCUUGUAAAGUAGAUCAGUUCUAUCUCUGUAUUGCAGAAGAAGCAAUAUGAGGUUGGGCCGAUAGGAAAUUGAGAGGGUGAUAGUUUGCCUAAAGCUACCUAGCAAGAUUGCUUUUGGAGGGCAGAGUUGAAACAAGGACUUUGAUGGUGUAGAGGCUAAGAGCUUGAGCUCCAGUCAUCAGCCCUUUUGGACCUGGACUCUCCUCUAACCUCUGUGCUGUGUUAUGGGACCCUCUUUAAUUAAAAUACACACACACACACAAACACACACACACACACAUUUACAGUGGUACCUCUGGAUGCAAACGGGAUCCGUUCCGGAGCCCGUUUGCAUCCUGAGUACAAUGUAACACGCGUCUGCUCGUCUGCGUCUGUGCGGGUCGCGUUUUGCCGCUUCCAUACAUGCGCAUGACGUCAUUUUGAGCGUCUGCGCAUGCGUGAGUGGUGAAACCCGGAAGUAACGCACUCCGUUACUUCUGGAUCGCCAUGGAGCAUAACUUGAAACGCUCAACCUGAAGCAUAUUUAACCUGAGGUAUGACUGUACUGUAUAUAUUGACUUUUCUCUAGCUUUGAUGAGCUAUCUUGGCAAGUAUAGCUUGUCAUGCAGUGCUGCGGGAAGUGGUAUGUGCUGACAUUUCCUCUUCCAGAGUAAAGGAGCAUUAUCCUCCUUCAUACUUAAUUGACCUUCGUAUAAAGAUUUCUGUUUUUUUCACCUCAAUUAAUUUUUCUGCCAGCUUCAUUAGAUGAAAAACUCAAAUGAAUAAAAUAGAGAAUAGUGGUGGAACCCAUUUUAUGGCCAGGAUACAAUUCGUUUGUGGAUCCCACCUGGCAAGUGGCUUUAAGAUGCUCUGUAUUGCUUGUACCCUUUGGUGGGGUGUGUGUUUGAAAGAGAUCAAAGUACUAAUUCUGGAAAUGACUGCUUUUCUUUCCAGCUCCUUGAACAAAAUGGAGGCUAUGGAAAUAACGCUCUGCCUAGGACAUCUUCAGCUGUAGUAACACAGAACUCAAAGCCAGCAGGGCAGCUCAACAACAUGUACAAUGCAGGUAUAUUCCCAAAUAUUCCCCCCUCCCCCUUUUUUUAAUCAGAGCUUCAAAAUAUGUGAGAUCUCCCAGUACCAUGUCUGGUUGUACUUCUUGGCAGUUUCUUUUCCGACCAUUUGUUUAAUAAUGGGACUAAGCCUUUCUAAAGAAAUGCAAAAAUAUAGGAGAGAGUUUAAGUGUACCACCAAAUUGUUUGACACUGAAGCUAAUAGACUGAAAUUGUGCUCAGUUACUUUUCUGUGCCCUUGGCUCUUAGGUCUGACGGUAGCCGAAUGUGACCAGACUUACAGCGGAUUCUUUGAUAUUCUUAGGGGCGGGACGGAGAGGUUUCUCACAAAUAUCAAGGACACAUCUUCAAAAGUUAUUCAGUCUGUGGCCAAGUAAGUAGAACUGUAACUGUGCUGAUAAAGGGAAUGCAGAUCCACAAACAUAAUUCACCUCUCCCUCAGUGCAUUGGGUAUUUUAUGUACUGUGUCUUUCCCGCCCCCACAUGUGGUUUUUAAAAAGAGAUGGCCUUCUCCAAAACUUGUGAAAAAGCAGGAAGGGGUGGGUUAUGAUAGGAUCAGCGGAUGAAUCUCUGCUUUGGGCACUAUCCUGAUUCAAGAUAUUGUGGUUAUGUGGUUUUGGAACUUCCAAAACUUUUGGAAACCAAGGUGUGGCUUCCAGCUGGCUGCAGGAAGCUCCUGCAGCCAAUCGGAAGCCACGUCGGACAUUCGGGUUCCAAAGAACAUUUGCAAACUGGAACAGUCACUUCUGGGUUUGUGGCGUUUGGGAGCCAAAACUUUCGACUUGCAAAGUAUUUGGGAUCCAAGGUACGACUGGAAGAGGCAUUUUAUGUGUGCAAAGUUGUGUCUAUCACUAGAAAAAGCUGCUUUAAAAAAAUAAUCCCUAACCUGGUUUAUACUGCAAAUGUUACAUUAUUGGAGAGGUUUGAGCUCUCAUACUGAGAAUAUUGUACUGACACAACCACACAAGUUCAGGACAGAGCUAGAUGCAAUAGCGAGCAUAAGGUCUGCUGCCCUGCUCAGCAGCAAGGUUUCUGGUUUGACUCCUACCCUUCUGUUUCAUGCAGUGCAACUUGGCACUGUGACAACCUGCAAUUCCAUGCCAUCUGGUCCACAGACCACCUGCUAAAAGCAAGUGGCAACGUGGGAUCCUAGCCAGCAUAGGUUAAGAAAUAUGUAAUAUCCCAGUAGCUGAAUGUUUAGAAGGAACAUUUGAAGCAUAGCAGUUUCUGUUUGGCUUGACUCCCCCACUUGUAAAAAUAAACUUGGGAAAGGCACAGAAAUCCCCAUCUACCGAGCCUGGCAAGCUCCAAAUGUUAUUGGAUGUUCCAAAUUAGCUUGUUUAUUUAGCUGUCUUAAUAUUGCCUUUCAGGGCCAAAAAGGGGUGCCUCUCAAUUAAAAACGUAACUAUUUAAAACCUAAAACAGUAACUAUAAAAUGUAGCGCAUAAAUAAAGUGCAGUAAUUAGAAUCAGCAAGUUCAUUCAUUUUAAAAGCAGAUUGGAAUAGUGAAGUCUUUAAAGACUCAAGUUCACAGCCAGACACACAGCUGGGUGGAAUGUCCCAGGGACAGGGCUACCACUGAAAAGGCCCUGUCUCUUGUGACUGCCAUACUUCAGUUUGUGGUGCAAAAAAAAGGGGGGGAAUAGGGUGCUUAACAUAUGUAUGGUUUGUUUGUUUCUUUAAGUAAAACAUGAGCUUAUUAUAAAUACAAAGAAUAGUACAUCUCUAAACCCAUAAGGAUCAACAGUAAAUCUGGCAUUUAACAUGUGAUUGCCAGCACAUUCAAAGACUACCUGGAAUAAAAAAAAGGUAGGAACCGGUCCCUACAAACUAAAAAUAUGGAACAGAUUAGCUACUUUUUGGGGUGGGGGUGGGGAGAGAGGGAGCACACAAGCAUGGGGCUACCAUAGGAAAAUUCUUGCUACUGGAAGCUGCCAGUUGAGCUUCGAGACAGCUGAGGAACUCAAGAGUGCGCCCCCCCCCGAAUAUAAGCCAGCCUAACCCAUCCUCUGGUGCCCUCCUGGUGAUGCCAGACUACAGCUACCCUCAACCUCAGCCAGCAUGGCCCAUGUUCAGGGAUGCUGGGAGUUGUGGUUCCAAAUAUCUGAAGAGCCUCAAGGUUAGUAGAAGGGAUUCUCCAACACCCUGCUUCUCUGUAAUUUUAAACACAAGAAUUGGUAUAGUUAAUCAUGCAUGGAAGUUUACCAGUACCCAGUGGAACUCUUUCAACAUGGGUGCCUCAUGGUGAAGGUUGUGUCUAUAAUCGCAGUGCAGUUCUAGGUGUCUGCAGUGUGCUUGUGUUCUGGGUUCGCCAGCCUUUAUUUACCUUUCCUGUUCAGAUGAUCGGCAGCCACUGCAGCUGGAAGGCAUCAGUGGGGUUUGGGGGCACAAUUUCCUAGCUGAAUGCAGAGGCGUAGCAUGGGGGGUGGGGGGGCACAUUGCCCCAGGCACUGUUUUUGGAGGGGCGCAUGAGCUGUUGCGGCCUUCUCAUGCCAUUCUCCAGCUGGAGGGUGGCUUGAGAAGGACGCAACAGGCAUGCGUCCUGCCAACCCUGCGCCGCUUUUGCAAGUCCCAGAAAGCGGAGCUGGGCUCCCAGGGCGAUGUCGGCCCAAAUCUGCUGGCUGGGCUCCGCACUGCACAGCUGGGGAGGAGGUGCAGCCCAGCCCUGCUUAGCUCCAGUGGGUGGGGGUUACUCCAGUGGCAUGCCCCACCCUCGUGGUGCACCGCAUGCGCCCACCCCACCCCCAGGCGCUACCAGAAAAUGCUCUGCCACAGCUGAAUGGUUAUUUAUAGCAUGGGUUCCCCCAAAGUACUGUACCUACAUGUACUUCUAUGGCAACUUGGGAGAACUGGCAGAAAAUGUUGAUUUCGGGGGUAGGGCAUUCCUCUUGCCCCUGGCACCCAUCAGCCGAGCCUCUGUAGACAGAGACUAUGGAGAGGGAAAGCCCUUGUCAUAAGGCACUUAGCUAAUAAGUACCGUGUUUUUCUGUGUAUAAGACGCCCCCAUGUAUAAGAUGCCCCCUAUUCUUGGGGACUCCAAAUUAAGAAAACAUCCCUCAGCACUACCCGUGUAUAAGAUGAGCCCAUAGCUGUCAACCUUCUCUUUUUUUGUGGGAAAUUCCCUUAUUCCAGUGCCGUUUCCCACUGCUUCCCACUGCUAUCCCAGAUUGUUAGAUACCCUGUAGACUGUCCCUGGGACAGGUGAGGCUGCUGAUCCCUUAUUUUCAAAUCUGAAAGUUGACAGCUAUGGACGAGCCCCAAUUUUAAACCUAAUUUUUUGGUAAAAAAAACCCUAGUCUUAUACACGGAAAAAUACGGUACAUUAAACUUAUAGAGAGGCUUGAGGCUUAUUACUGUGGAGUGAUUAUGACCUCAAGGUUAAGGUAACCAAUGGUAAGUCAUCUUCCAUUCACCUUUUUCAUGAUGCAGUUUUUGUUGGUUACCCAAGGGCAGAGGCCUCAUAGGCCCAAGGGUAGAUCAGCUGGCCCUCCUCCCAUCUUCCUGCUCUCUCCCAAGUGUGGCGCUCGAAUGCUAGCCGCCGUCUUCUGCCAGAGAGAAACCCCUCUGGGAUGGACUGGAACCGUCUCUUUCAAGCAGGGCCUUUCCUGGGCAAGGUGAAAAAGCUGACACUUCAGUAAAGGUCUUUUGAGGGCCCAGGUGUGGAUGGACUUGACCAUGGGGAACUGGUUAGUGACGCUAGGGAGAAUUGUAUAGCACCUGAGUCAAAGAAACCCAAGCCAAAAGCAAAACCCCACUACAGAAUUUGUGCUUGGUUAGUUCUUAAUGAGCCCAGUCAUAUUGCUAGUAUCCUCCGUGCUGAAAUCAUGCUGUGCAAUAAAUCAAAGGCUCUUGUAUGUACAUGUUAUGAACGUAAAUAGUAAAAAACUGCAUUUUUCCACUGCAAAAUGGUGAGCUAUUGUGGUAAUCUAUAAAACCAAAGGAAAGGGUUUGGUAUGAAUUUUAUGUUCUCGCUGUUAAAGCUGAUGCCAUAUUUAACUUAUAGGUACCGUAUUUUUCGCUCUAUAAGACGCACCAGACCAUAAGGCGCAAGGAGGAAAACAAGAAAAAAAAUAUUCUGAAUCUCAGAAGCCAGAACAGCAAGAGGGAUCACUGCGCAGUGAAAGCAGCAAUCCCUCUUGCUGUUCUGGCUUCUGGGAUAGCAGCGCAGCCUACAUUUGCCCCAUAAGAUGCACACACAUUUCCCCUUACUUUUUAGGAGGGAAAAAGUGAGUCUUAUAGAGCAAAAAAUAUGGUAGAUACCUGCUUGCUCCCCAAAAGAAAUAAUUUGCACGAGCAGCGUAAAGGUUUAUUUAUUGGCUUUCUUAACACACAUCCCUUCACCACAAGGCCUCUGGGCAGGUUACAACAACAUAGCACAUUGCAGCUCAUAUCUUUUUAGCCAAAAUAUAUUUUAUCUCUACUGAGGCCCAGAUCCGAAGAACUAUGCAUGAGCUCCACACUUCGAAAGGGGUCUUGUAGCUGGUGUUUGCUUGUUGCUUUUUCUUUGUAGCAUGGCACUGAAAGGAGUUUUGAAUAGCAGACUUGCUUCCACCCUCACCCCCAGCAUUGCUCUAAAGAGCAGACAGAAUGCCUUCCAAGGAAAAACAGGAAUAAAUAGAAAUCCCAGUGCCUUUUGGGUUCGCUAACAAUAAUUUUUGGAACCCAUUUUAAGUAAUCUGGGACACCGUAGGUGAUGAAAGGUCUUAUGUCUGAGGUUUUGUAAUUCUGAAACUGCAGUUUCCAUAUUGCUAGUAUGAGAUAAUUUCCAAACUGUGAGAAUUACCACUUGCACCAUAACCAUAUGUGUGUUUACUUGGAAGCAAACUGGUUUGAGACUGAUGGUGUGCCAAGUAAACAUGAUAUUGGGGGUAGGUAGGCAGGGAGAUCCAUUGUCUCUGUGCAACUGGCACAUAUCACUGAAGUGCAACAUGACUAACCAGCCUCAGCGGGGUAUUAGGAACAUUCAUGCAAAUCGCUUUUGAGCUAAAUGAAAUGCCAUUCCCUUGACUCCUGAUGAGGUUUCUAUGUUCUGUGUCAAUGUUGCAUUUGCUUAACGCUCCUUUCAGUUAUGAUAUGAAUUGGUUGGAUGUAUAGUAUCACUUGAAGCUCAAACCUUAAAUUGCUUCUUAUUUUCUUUAUAUAUUUUGCCAUUAAAUGGUUUUCAAAGCAAUGCAAACAAAUGAAACUGCAAUGGCUAGUGCUCUUUUUAUUUGUUUUUUUAGGUUCCUAGCAUUAAUGGUUUUCAUUACCUAUAGUAAAGGUAAAGGUAAAGGGACCCCUGACCAUUAGGUCCAGUCGUGACCGAUUCUGGGGUUGCGUGCUCAUCUCGCUCUAUAGGCUGAGGGAGCCAGCGUUUGUCCGCAGACAGCUGCCGGGUCAUGUGGCCGGGCAUGACUAAGCUGCUUCUGGCAAACUAGAGCAGCGCACGGAAACGCCGUUUACCUUCCUGCCGGAGUGGUACCUAUUUAUCUACUUGCACUUUGACGUGCUUUCGAACUGCUAGGUUGGCAGGAGCAGGGACCGAGCAACGGGAGCUCACCCCAUCGCGGGGAUUCGAACUGCCGACCUUCUGAUUGGCAAGUCCUAGGCUCUGUGGUUUAACCCACAGCGCCACCCUCGUCCCUGUUACCUAUAGUAGUGUUUUCCUAAUGUGACUUAAGGCAUUCGUUAAGGAGGGAAAGCAGUAUUUGUUUUUCAGAGGGUUAUGAGAUGGUUGUUUUGGAGAGGGCUUUCUCUCGUUCUCUUUUUAUUUUGCAUCUUGAUUUUGCGUGUGACGCUUAUUUCCUUGCCCAUUUUCCCCCCCUCCUUCAACUUUCAUCAAUCCAUGCCCACGUUCUUAGCAGUCCAAGGUAAAUAUGCCACAAUUGUCUGUGUUCUCUGUGUUGCAUGCUAACAGGAUUGUCUUAACCCGCUAACAUUAACUAUGUCAUACUGAGAAGUUUCUGAACUCUCAAGUUAUACAUAAGAGAUGACACGCUAAUCGUGUUCAAUGCAUUGGCCCCUACACAUUGGUAGACCUACAACAAUAUGAAUAAGGGAUUGUCCUUUGGCUGCCGGAUUUUAUUCUACUUAAGUAUCUUUUGAUAGUCUUAAUACAUGUAUAACUUCAGAGCUUCUGGUUUUGUUUUGUUUUUAAAAAACAAAUCUGCCAAAUUUCUACAUCUUUCUUUCUCUUGAUGCUCUAGGAGGCUUAGUUUGGUCAGAAUUGAGUAUGCACUUCUGGAGUUAACGCUGAAUGUAUUACUUCUGGUAAAUGAGUCACCAUGGCCACUAGAGGGCCGUGAAAAUUUGUGUCCUGGGCUUUUUAGACUCGUCUUCCCAUCUGAAACCAAAGGGACACAUUGGUUGCCAGAUGUGAAAUGCAUUAUUUUUAGCUGUCGUACCCCACUACAAAACCAGCUUAGUAGGGGAUGCUGUGGGGUAAGGGGGAAAGUCCCAUUGCACCAGCAGACGUCUUUCUGCGACCACAAUAACUUAGCUGAAUCCUGCCCUACACCUCUUAGUCCAGUUCAGUGCCAGAUUUACAUAUAAGCUAAACAAGCUACAGCUUAGGGCCCCAUUCUCUUGGGGGGCCCCAAAAAAAUUAAAGGAAAAAAACCCUGGGUGUACAUUUCCAAAAUAUAAGAUAAAAAACAAAUAAAAUAAAAUAAAACCUACAUACAGCAACAGUGUUUUGUGUAGUGUAGGCUCCUAUGGUGUAAGUAAUGGGCCCCACAUAUGGCAUAUAUUCAACACAAAAAAAACAGUGACAAUUUGUUGUUGACAAAGGAGAGCUAGACAUUUAAAGGACCCCAUUACCUUCAGUAGCUUAGGGCCUCAUCAAACUUAAAUCUGGCCCUGGUCCAGAGAGUAACUAAGGAAUGAUUGGGAGACAAGUUUUAGCUGGUCUUAAUAUGCAAGGCAGGUUUCGGUGCAUGUUGAAGAAAUGGAAGCAAAAUGUUGCAGGGCAGGGCACACAGGGUGGUGGAACUAAAGACAAUAAAACCAUAACCACCACAAUGAACGCAUGUUAUUUCAUGGUGAGUACCUUGCUUCAUCUAGUCAUCUAGUCCAGGCUUCCUCAAACUCGGCCCUCCGGAUGUUUUUGGCCUACAACUCCCAUGAUCCCUAGCUAGCAGGACUAGUGGUCAGGGAUGAUGGGAAUUGUAGUCUCAAAACAUCUGGCCGGCUGAGUUUGAGGAAGCCUGAUCUAGUCCAACCCCCUGAAAUGCAGGAAUCUGAGCUACUUCAUAUAUGACAGGUGGUCAUCCAACCUCUGCUUAAAAACCUCCAAGGAAGGAGAGUCCACCACCUCUCGUGGGAGUCUGUUCCGCUGUCAAAUGAAGUGUUUCAUAUGGACUUGGACCACAAGUGUGAAUGCUUAAAAGAAAGUCGGUGUCCUUUUCUAAAAGCACCUGUGUGUGUGAUUGACUGACAGUACAGUCAAACCUCUGUUGUCGAACGUAAUCCAAUCCGGAAUUGGGAACGUUCGACUUCCGAAACGUUCAGCAACUGAGGCGUGGCUCGUUUGGAUUCUGAAAAAUGUUAAAAAACCAGAGCAUUUACUUCUGGGUUUUCGGCAUUCAGGAGCUGAAACGUACGAUAACGGAGGCUUUCAGGAACUGAGGUUUGACUGUACCUAGCUGGCAACACAUAAACCUAUUCUAGUUUAGGAAUAUUCUUUCAUGUUGAGUGGAGACACACACAACUGAUUAAAAAGUAGUGAAACAGAAGACUGGACUGACCAGCUGACCUAAACAUUCAGCAAAAUGGACUCCAUCCAGGGACUGUACCACACUGGACUGUAAAUGAAGGGGUGGGAAAUAAUUGUAUUUUUUAAAGUGCUUUCUCUGUGUGCACACAUAUGUGCAAACACAACUUUCUAUACACUGUGGAAAGGACUAGACUACAACUGCCAUCCCCAAUGUGCAAAUUUUCUACUUGCUGGGAGUUUUCCUAACAUAAACAGGGAUAUUUAAAAAAUGAAACUUAUCUCCAAGCCCCCACCCUGCCCAGCAGGGCUUUUGUUAAAAGAAGGAAACUUGUGCCUUCCUGGAAUGUGUGUGGGAAGUUUUUGUAUCUUAAGGUUAUCUGUUUGGAGAGUGGGCAUGGGUUGUGCUUGCUCUGUAGUAUUUUGCCUCCACAAUAUUUCUUUAACAAUGCCAAUCCUCUAUUUCAAAUUAUAAACACACUUAUAAGGAGUCUAAAGGAUACCUGUGGUGCUGACCUAGGUUAACCUGCUUCUGUUCAAUUCUUCUUAUUUCUGUUCACUUGUUUGCUUGCGACUGAUACACCUUUAUGCUGGUUUAUCAAUAGUAUUUUGUGUAUUUCCACUUAAAGUGCUAAUCCAUCUCUCUUAGUUCAGUUCUCUUUUAAGGGAGGCUCUUUCUGUGCACUCAUGAAUUAGUAACGUCUUUGUUUUUUGCUUAACCAUAGAGCAGGGCAAGGGAACCUGGUGCCCUCCAGAUGUUGUUGGACUCUAAAUCCCAGCAGCCUUAGCCAGACAGGCCAGUGGUGAGGAAUGAUGGGAGUUGUAGUCCAGUAUUUUGAGGGCCACAGAUUCUAAAGCUCUGCUGUAGAGACAUUCCUAAAUCUUUUCCCCUCUGUGUAAAACCUUGUUACUAGUGGCCAAGUGAAGCAUAAACUGGGUUAGGUGAGUCAGUGUUGUGGGAACCUAGAAAAGCCCCAGAAAUCAUAUUUUGUUUGAACCCUCUCCAAAAGUGGUAGAAGAAUGAGAGAAGUCAUCAAAAUUGUAUUGCUUUGUAUAGUCCUGAUUUUAUUUUUUUUAAUAAGGCAUGUACACACUCCUACAUCUAACCCCAUCAGCUCAUUGCCAGAUCCUCAAGAUGCUACACCGACUCAGCAGAUCUGAGAGGUGGGAAGCAGCUUGUCAAUUUCAUAUUGGUGGUGAACCUUGGUCUCAGCAUUGUAGCUGUUGGCUCAGUGGCACCAAUAAUGUGCCCCUUGGCCUGUGGAUUGCAGAAGGACCAUACAAGGGGCAUAGCUGAGUCAAGGCUAGCAGAGAGCUGCAAUAUUGCCUAUGAGCCUCCUGCACAACGUAGUAUAUGAACUUUCCCUGUUAGCUCCGGAGGUGGGAACCAUGAUUCAGUCAUUUGCCACUAUUCAUUGCAGUAAGGAGGGGAAGGAGAGCAGGGUGUAUCUGCCCACUUCAUCAAGUCAAGGAAGCUUCUACAGCCGCUGUGGCUUGAAGUUAGUGCUGCAGUAGCCAUGGGAAUAAUGGGAUAUUAACCUCACAAACCUUUCGUGCAGAUCAGUCUUGCCCAUCCGAGUGCACUCCAGGCAUGGGGACUACAACUUCCAUCAUCUUUGACUAUGUUGACCGGUAGCUGAGUUGACCUGUAGUCCCAUACAUCUUGAGGGCAUGAAUUUGGGUUAAGCUGAUGUAGAUCAUUGGGAAUAGUCUUAUCUCUCUCCCUCUGCCCGCCCCCCAUAAGAAUUUUCGUAAUUCUGUUGCCUUAAGUAUUCAAAACAUUCAGUUUCAGGAUGUUUGAUGUGUCUCAUAUUCUGCCCGGGAGGCAGAGAGCUUUAUGAAUGGGACGGUGCCAUCUGCUCACUAACUUACGCUGCUGUGCUAGAUUCUUUAGUUACCUUCUAUAAUUUGGAAAUCUGAGACAGAUGUAGGAGAGACUCUCCAAAGGUGGGUGGGAGGUGUUGGUAUUCCAACUUGAAGGGCAAGGAAGCUGGAACAGGGAACAUAGUAAGGUACCUCCCAUCCUGAAAACUGUCUCCAUUUUCGAACCAGCCUAGAGAUUCUGUAGUUUUAACUUGAGUAUUCCUCUCUUUAUAUUUCAGUUAUGCCAAGGGAGAUCUGGAUUUAUCAUACAUCACUUCCAGAAUUGCUGGUAUGAUAAGAUCAUCCUUUAUCAAAUUUCAUAUUCUAGCUGUUUUUAUGAAAACAAAGGCUUGAGCCUCUGCUAUCGUUUUUUCCCCUUCUUCCUCCCCAGUGAUGUCCUUUCCGGCAGAAGGUGUUGAGUCUGCAAUAAAAAACAACAUAGAAGAUGUGCGGUUGUUCUUAGACUCGAAACAUCCCGGACGCUAUGCUGUCUACAAUCUGUCUCCGAGAACGUACAGACCCUCCAGAUUUCACAAUAGGGUUUGUAAGCCAGUGCUGCUUUGCCACUGUUCCUUUUGCCAUUGCAAUGUCUUCUUCUUUUCCAGUAGAAACUCGUAACCUGGUGCUUCCUUGACAUGUGGGAAGCUGUAAGAGUUGCUAGGAUGUCCUCUACCUGCUUGGCUUCCCUGUACAAAUGAGAACAUUUUUGGAAUGGUUUGGACUGUUUCCAGAAUGCUUUAAAAAUGUUUUUGGUAUUGAUGUGUUUAGUGCCCUGGGCUCCUUCAGAUGGAAGGGCAGGAUAUAAGUUUAAUAAUAAUAAAUAAUAAUAAUAAAUCAUAAUUUCUGGCCCUUGGCCAUGUUGGCUGGAGGCUGGCUGAGACUGCUGUAAGUUGUAGUCCAAAACAUCUGGAAGCCACCAGGUUAGCGCUAUUGUGUGUUCAUAUUUCACUUCUUUGUGCUUGACUGGUAGCCUCUGGAUUUAGAUGGGGAAACCUGGGUAGAAAGCAUCGCUGUGGUAGUUCCUCAGUGGCCUUAGGUGAGUCACAAAUCCCUCACCCUUCUUGCAGCAUUGUAGUAAACUGAAACAUUCUGCUUAUACCCUGAGCUGCUUGGCUGAAAUAAAUGAUAAAACAUGGGAGAGAGACAUAUUUUAUCACACCCUGCUUUCUUAUGACAGGGGUGUUAACUCCUUUCGGAAAGGGCGAUGUGCAGGUUCUGGUUUCCAAAAAAGCGUGGAAAUGGGUUUAGAGCAGCAGUAUAAACAGAUGCCAUGAGACCAAAGGAGACCUUUUUUUUUAAAGAAAAGCCCAUACCUAUACCAGUGCUACACUUUAAUCUAAAUUGUGUUAUGUUGCUAAAUGAUGAGGACAAUUGGAAAUGUGCAGAAAUUCAGCAAGAUUAGCCUAGCAUAUUUCUGUAGUACUUUCUUAACAUUGUGAAACAGAUGGCAGGUCGUCACAGGCCUGCUAAGCUGCUGAGCUUCCUUUUAUGAAAUUUGCAAAGUAUAAUUGAGGGUUCAGAGUCUGAAAUAGCAUGUCUUGGCUUUGGUCAUCUUGUCCGCUUCUGGAGAUCUUUUUUGGGGGUGGGAGGAGUUGAAUAUUUAUUUCAUUUGUUAUAGAGCAGGCUUGAAAGCUAUACAAGUUUCUGAUUAUAAUUAGUUAAAUCCAUGCACCCCACCCUGUACUGUCUCUAAAACAGGUGUCUGAAUGUGGCUGGCCAGCAAGGCGUUCGCCAAACCUUCAAAACCUUUAUAGCAUUUGCAAGAACAUGCAUGUAUGGCUGAAGCAAGACCCAAAGAAUGUUUGCAUUGUGCACUGCCUUGUAAGUAGCAACAGGUCUUGAAAUGCCCCUGUAGCUCCAACAAUACAAGAAAGUUGGAAAGAAAUGUUGACUCAAAAUCCUCCACGAAUGGAUUGGUUUUGGGGGGGGGGGGAGCAAAUAGAAUGGUUUUAAAAACUAAGCAUUGUAGAUUGCAAAGAGAAGAGAGAUAUCAUAACAUAAGAGUCAACAUUUGAAAGGUGAUAGGAGGAGAAACCACUGAGCAGCUGAUCCACUUGGAAUUUCAACUCCACCACCCCCAAACCCAGUUAAACGUAUACAGAAAAUGGGGGAUUUGAAGUAAUACGGAAGUUGGGACUUAACCAAACUGCAUCAAAAUGCCCAAGAAGUAUCUGUACUCUGUUCGUAUCACUGGGACAAAGAGAGCUUUCUUCCUCCCUCACAGACCAGAGCUUGUGCCUAAUUGCUCGUGAAUUCGGUGGUGGACUUGUGACAUUUCUUUGAUUGAAAACAUUAUCCAAGAGCUGGUAUAUAAUAAAUGACAUUUCCCCAUCAAUAGCUACUGUUCCUACCCUUGUAUCUUUUUCUUUUGGUAGGACGGAAGAGCAGCGUCAGCCGUCGUCGUGUGUUCUUUCUUAUGUUUCUGCCGUCUGUUCACUACGGCCGAAGCCGCUGUUUAUAUGUUUAGCAUGAAGCGCUGCCCGCCAGGCAUUUGGCCAUCCCAUAAGAGGUGAGCAAUUGUUCAGCUGUUCAAUGAAGCCGUGUUCUCCUUUCUUCUUUUUUGUAGAAGCCCUGAUAUAUGUUAUGAAAAUGGAGAUAGACGGAAGAUUAAAAACAGAAAGACGGGGGUGGGGGGGGAGUGGUGCAUCUCAUGCAGACAUUACACACUACAUUGAUUUUUUUGAAUUGCAUCAAAGGGCUCUACCUCUCCCUGUAAUCUGGUGAACCGGGUUUGCUUCUCUGCUCCUCCACAUGCAGCUGCUGGGUGACCUUGGGCCAGUCACACUUCUUUUAAGUCUCUCAGCCCCACUCACCUCACAGAGUGUUUGUUGUGGGGGAGGAAGGGAAAGGAGAAUGUUAGCAGCUUUGAGACUCCUUAGGGUAGUGAUAAAGCAGGAUAUCAAAUCCAAACUCUUAUUCUUCUCUUCUUCUUCCAUUGAUAGGACUUUAAUAUCUGUGUAGUGCUUACUUGAAAGCACUUCACAGGCUAGCUGCAUGAUCCGGUGUGGUUGGUUCAUUCUUUAGUGAGCAGGAAACAAGUGACAUCUUCCACUCACCUGUUUGCCUGGAAUAAUUGCUGUUUGCCCCAAGCAAGUAGCAAACUAUGCAGAAGUUGCAAAAUAUGGCCCUUUUCUGUAAAGAGUCAAUAAUUAUUUGUGUGAGCUUUUAACUAUGCCCUAUUAGGUAUGCAUUCAGUAAGGUACACUUGUAAAUAGCCGCUUGUUUGACUAACCAUGACAUGUAAAAUCUCAACAAUUUUAUUUCCCAAAGUUAAAACCAUGCUCAAGGUGGCUUACAAUAUAUAAAAAAAUUAUGUAACUGCAAACAUAACAGAAGUAGUCAUAAACAAAACAUUGAAAAGCACACAGACAAAGUGAACGAUUUCCACAUAAAUCAUAAAAGUAUAAAGAUUAAAAUCAACAACAGUACCUCAGCCCAAGAGUCUGUUCAGCUGCCUCAGUUUUUGUGGCUGGAGCCCUAUUCUUCAAGGCUAGGUGGAAAAACGGCCUGCAAGGCGCAGAACAUUUUCUAGGACUCAUUUCCCUGGGCAGGGAAGCGUUAAAAAAAUUGAAGAGAACUGCCCUUUUAUUGUUUUCAGAUAAUCUGUGGGCCUCAAAUGUUGGCAUGUAACACAUGUGGCUAGAGGGAGCAGGGAAGUAUUCCUAUGGACUAGAAACUUUUUGUGGACUUGCAAAGCUGUGAACGACCGACCAGGGUGUGCAGAGUUGAGUUCAUAGUUUCACCGACUCGAAGCAUUACAUUAUUUGACUUCUGCUGCUUCCUUGUUUCCACAGGUAUAUAGAGUACAUGUGUGACAUGAUGGCUGAAGAGCCCAUCAUCCCCCACAGCAAGCCAAUCCUCAUCAAGUCUAUUGUCAUGACUCCAGUCCCUCAGUUCAACAAGCAGCGCAAUGGCUGCAGGCCUUUCUGUGAAGUUUAUGUCGGGGACGAAAGAGCAGCCACUACCUCACAAGAAUAUGAUAAAAUGAAGUAAGUGGGUAGCGAGGCCUGAGUUUCUCGGGGGUCCGUGUUAAUGUCAUCUACAGUCCAGGCAGAAACUUCCCACUUAGCUUUUUCAUCCUUAACUUUCUUGUGUGGCAACUUGAGAGUAGCUCAGCUUCCUUUGAAACAUUCCUGCGAGAAGGAAUAGGAGCCCUGUGUGUGUAGCUUGAUGAAAGCUGGGCAUGGCCUCACUGCCGCAAUCCACCGUCUCGCACCCUCUGGGCACCUUGGGGGUUGAAGAAAUCAAAUUGUAACCAGUUAGAGUGGUACCGCGGUUCUCAAAUGUAAUCCAUUCCAUAAGACUGUUCGGCUUCCAAAACGUUCGAAAACAGAGGUGCAAAGGGCAGUCUGCAAAUUGCGUUGGGAAAUUGAAAAAACACGCAGCGGAAGUUGUUCGACUUCCGAGGCGCAUUCAAAAACGGAAGCAUUUACUUCUGGGUUUUUGGCGUUCGGGUUCCAAAACUUUUGUCAACGGAGACGUUCGAGAACCGAGCCUGGCACCCUCCAGAUAUUGCUGGACUACAGUUCCCAUCAUCCCUGACCUCUGGUGGCAGGGGAUGAUCGAAGUUGGAGACCAACAACAUCUGAGGGAGCGGGUCUGCGCAUUCCCCCACCUGUGCCGUAAUGUUUCUAAAUUGCACUGCUGCAUAUUGACGUGUGAUGCCUGGUUUUUCUUCCUCUCCCUUAGGGAUUUUAAGAUGGAAGAUGGCAAAGCUUUGAUCCCGUUAGGCAUAACAGUCCAAGGAGAUGUUCUCAUUGUUAUCUAUCAUGCCAGGUCCACUUUGGGUGGCAGACUCCAAGCCAAGGUAAGCUGAAAAGAUAGAACUGUAUUUUAUUUUAAUUUUGGUAUGAAACUCCGCUGGGGUUCUUGAGGGAUAUUUUUACUUGCCAUAGCACCCAAUUCCUAUUUCAGGCAAUGCAUUUGCCCACAUGGCUGGACAAGACUGAUUAUAGCUGCCCUACAUCUGGAGAAGCAGAAGAGGAGACAAUGCUCCACAUGCUUUUAAUAAAUUAUAGAAGUAACAAAGGGAUUUCACUGGCCAAAGUCACUAAUAAUAUCAGCAGGCAGGGAAUAUCUCUGGUGCAGUGCACGAUAUUGCGUAACAUUAAUUGCUUCAUUUCACAUUAUUUCUAUUAUAUCUUAUUCGUUUAAUUAAUUUUAGGUAUUUAGAUACCGCUCAAUGCUCAGAACUUGUAUGUGGUGUUCAUAAAAUGUGUUUUUUUUUUAAAAAAACAACAACAGAGAAUGAGAACAACUUAAAAUUCAUCACAAAGACAGAAAUCAUGUCCUGUCCUUUUCUUUCUUUCUUUGUAUUGCUUUGCAAGAUGGCAUCAAUGAAGAUGUUCCAGAUCCAGUUUCAUACAGGAUUUGUCCCGCGGAAUGCCACUACUGUGAAAUUUGCAAAGUACGUUGAUAACCUGUUUGGUGAUAACUUUCCCCAGCGUAAUGGCAACAAGUACUCCCACUUUAACUGCAGAAGUAGUUUUGCAGUCGUGUGUGUGUGUUUUAAACUGUAGUUUUCUCUUUAACACUCUUCCUUAGCUGUGUAUGGUAGUACCUCUGGCUACAAACUUAAUUCGUUCUGGAGGUCCGUUCUUAACCUGAAACCGUUCUUAACCUGAGGUGCCACUUUAGCUAAUGGGGCCUCCUGCUGCUGCCAUGCCACUGGCGUGCGAUUUCUGUUCUCAUUCUGAGGUAAAGUUCUUAACCUGAGGUACUACUUCCGGGUUAGCAGAGUCUGUAACCCAAAGUGUUUGUAACCCGAGGUGUUUGUAACCCCGAGGUACCACUGUACUUUGUCUCUGAGCUAUCACAGCAUUGUAACGUGAAUUGGAAUUAAGGGCUCAGCCUCAGGCUACAGAUUGCAUGGCUCAGCCCCUUUUCAUCCUGUGUGCAGAGGCUCCCCACCAGAGCUGUUUGUUGCUUCUGACAACUCCAAACAUGGGUUAAGCGGGUAAACCUGUGGGCACUCUGCAUUUGGGACUCUAAAAAUUAUUCAUGAGCUGCUACAAGUUGGCAUUGACCUGCGUUGAUGAUUGUCGAGCGUAAUAACCAAACACAUGGGUGGGUAAGGCGAGUUUGUAUCAGUCCAUGUGACCUAAGAAACUGGAUAGAGCAUCCAUUAUGGCUGCCUGUUAUUCUAUUUGGUACCCCCAAAUCAAUAUCAACCACUCAAGGCCCCGUUACCUUGAGACACUGACUUCCCCACAGCUGCGUAGGGUGUUUGUUGGACUAAGGUUCCAACAGGUGCCCUCAGCAUAUUUAGAGGGGAGAUACCUGGGAAUUCCCCCUAUGGAACGCAGGUGCAUUUAUGGAUGCAAUCAGGUUGAGGAUGUCGUGCAUAACCUUCUGCUUUGUCCCUUAUAUUCAAUGCCAGAGAAUUUUUUUUAUCAUCUGUUCUUGACUGUCUCUCAGACCAAUCCCCCCAGGAGGGGACAGUUGAGUUCCUAGCCAAUAAAGAUCUCCAGGUGACAAAUCUGGUAGCCAAGUUAGCUCUGGCAGCUAAGAAGCUCCAUUCUAGAUAUGUUAAAAAAGCUAAAGGACUCCUGACAGUUAAGUCCAGUCGUGAACAACUCGGGGGUUGCGGCGCUCAUCUCGCUUUACUGGCCGAGGGAGCCAACGUUUGUCUGCAGACAGUUUUUCUGGGUCAUGUGGCCAGCAUGACUAAGCCACUUCUGGCGAAACCAGAGCAGCGCACAGAAACGCCGUUUACCUUCCAGCUGUCGCAGUACCUAUUUAUAUACUUGCACUUUGACGUUUUUUCAAACUGCUAAGUUGGCAGGAGCUGGGACCGAGCAACGGGAGCUCACCCCAUUGUGGAGAUUCGAACCGCCGACCUUCUGAUUGGCAAGCCCUAGGCUCAAUGGUUUAGACCACAGCACCACCCGGGUCCCCUAGAUAUGUUAAUGCUUCCUAAUUUUAAAACCUCAUGCUGUAAAUUUUUAUGUUUUUAGCUUUUAUAGGUCAUGUUGUGUGAUUUCAGCUUUGUUCUUAUCAUCUGCUGUACAUUGUAAAGGCCUUUGAUUAUAUACAAUUGAUUGAUUGAUUGAUUGAUUGAAUUUGUAUCCCAUUGGCUUCACUGUGGCUUGCACAGAAUACCUUCCCUGUGGAUUGUGGUCUAACUCAUUGCCAUCGUCAACUUGUGUAAAAUUGCUGUAGGUACGAUCUGGAUGCAUGUGACAUUCAAGAGAAAUAUCCGGACCUGUUCCAAGUGAAUCUGGAAGUUGAAGUAGAGCCUCGGGACAGGCCCAGCACUGAGCGAGCCCCCUGGGAUAACUUGAACACCAAGGGUCUAAAUCCCAAGAUCCUGUUCUCCAGCCGGGAAGAGCAGCAAGAAAUAUUAACAAAAUUUGGUAAUGAGAAAAAUGCUUCCGAUUUUCUAUUUGAGCGUUUUCAAAGACUUCCGUUUCAUAUUAUGGGGGGAUUUAUCUCCCCACUCCACCCCAUUUCUUUUUUUUUACCAUGAGCUCUCAUUUCUUCCAUCUCCUUAACAGGUGGCAUGUUCCUAAAUUUCUUGCAUUUGAACUUUUUGCCUGUUAGGUAAGCCCGAGCUACCUAGACAACCGGGGUCAACUGCCCAGUAUGAAGCAGAAGCCUCCAAGUCAGAAUCAUCUCCAGAAGGUGCUCCCAUGGAGUCGGACUCCCCACCAAGCGGCAGUGCAGAGGCAGAUUUCUUCCACACACUGGACUGGCAAGGUAGGGCAAACCAAUGGCUUCGUAGCACUUCUCUGGUUGCUCCUGUGCUGACUGUUGCUUGACACCAGCCUUGCUCUAGGCCUGCUUGCUACAGUAGUCAUCUUGACAUCAGUGUGUUCAUCCUCUGUGUACUCAAGUCCCACAAAAGUAAAAUAAAAAAAUAAAAUUCUGGGCUGAGAAAAGCUGAAGUCUGCAAUGCUGACUAGCCACCAAGUAAGAGGUUGUCCCCAAGGACCCUAUGUUGAUAUAGGGGUCUCAGGGUGGUGGUGUUGUCCACCUGCAUUCCUUUCUCCUUUCUGGCCGGACCUCAAUUCCCCUUUCCCCCCCAGCGGAAGGGUCCUUCUGCGUGAAAUUGUCCAAAUCCCACAAAAAAGCCCUGCUCCUUCAGAAUUGCAGAGUACAGGCAGCCCAAUUUGUGGGCAGCUCAGUCUUCCAUCAUUUCUGUGCAAAGGAUCUGGAAUGAUAGUGCCUAAAAUCCCUCCAUCCCUCCGUGAAAUUUGAGUGUUUGUAGGAGGUCGGGGGGGGGGUGGAGUUUCAAAGGAAUAUUCCCCAGCAAAUAAAAGUCAGGAUUUCUCUUAGCUUCCUUCACUAGAGAGUAACAAUUUUGCUUUCUGGGGUUCCUGUGGGUUUUGGUGGAUAUGGGCUUCCAGAGCUGCUGUCUUGACAUUAGGCCCGUGUCCUGAAACAAUGUGCUCCUGCGCCAUAAAUCCCAGCGAUUAGAGGCCCUGUGCUAUAGCCGGCCUCCUCUCCCCAUCAUGGUUGCCAAUGCAGAAGCAAAAGGAGAGCUAUGGAGUGACUGAGGUCCACAUCCCUAGGGCUUGGCAGCAGGCCCAUUUGAGGAAUGCGGAUUGGGACCUUGGCUGCCCAUGCCUUUGGCACUUGGCUGAAUUUUACGUGGUCCUUGGCGUUGUGGCACACUUAUGGCAAGGAAGAGAAAAGGGCCUUACCAGAUUUUGACUCUUGCUCCUCCCACCACCAGCAUGUAGCCUUUGAUGGGUUACCCCCAAAGGAACAUGUCCAUUGAUGGAGCAAAGGUUUCCCAUCCCCGCCUUACUCCAUUCAUCCAGUAAAAGUUGUUGCAGACUGGUGGAAUAGCACCGUUACAGUAAACCUGUUGCAAGAAGGUGUCAUGUCCUUCUCUUCACCCAACAGAAGGCAAAUGUUCCGAAGCGGCGCCUGAGGGACCCUUCCCCAAAGAGAGACCUCGGCUGGUGGAGGAAAGGGAUGACAGCGAACCUUCCGACGAGGAAUUUGCUGCCUUUCCCAGUGAGGUCAGACCAGUUGAGGAAAUGGUGAAACACGCCCUGGAAAAAGAAGACGGUGAGCCGCUGUUUGAAGCUGAUUUUGACACUCCCACUGGUCAGCUGGAAGAGACUCCCACAGAAGACAGCGUUGACUUGCUUGGGCUGGAUUCAGAAGCUCCCCGAGAGCUGCUGCAGCCUCCUUCGGAGAUGAAGAGCUCCUCCAGCAACGCAGACUUGCUGAGCGAACUGUUUGUUGGCAGUGCUCCAGAGAGUUCGGAAGACUCUACCGCGGACCUUCUAGGAGGAGGAGCAGAAUUCUUCUUUGGUGGCCAACCACAGCCCUCUGCGCACCCCCACCAGAGUAGUGCCCCCUCAACGGGAGCCACCUCUUCUUCUGCAGGUACGUAACUGGGCCUUUCCUUUCAUUGGAAUUCUGAUGAGCAGCUGGGCCCACUGCCAUCCUAGAAGUGUACACAAUAAGUCCGCAGACACAGACUGUUGAGAACUGUAGAGCACUUCUACUUUAAUUUUUAGAUCGGUUUCCAGAUGGCUCUGGCGGGUUUCCGUCUGGCACUCUUGUCAAAGCCCUGGCUGAGCUCUGGAACAUUUGAAUGGCUCAGGCUUCCAUCAGCUCUGGUUGGUGACCCAGCUGCGCCUCGGUCUCAUCAGGGAUAGCCUAGCUUGUGUCGUCUAUGCUCUGGUAAUCUCUAGGUUAGAUUACUAUAAUGCAGUCAUUACACGUGGGGUUGCCUCUGAAGAUGGUUCGGAUGGUGCAAAAUCCUGUGACUGGGUUGCUCUAUGGGGCAAGACAGUUUGAGCAUAUUACACUGAUCUUGGCCCGGCUGCAGUGGCUGCCAGUUACUUUCCAGACCCAAUUCAAAGUGCUGGUUUUGACCUAUAAAGCCUUAAACAGCUCAGAACUGCAAACUACGUCUCUCCAUAUGAACCUGCCCAGACCCUGAGAUCAUCCUCUGAGGCCCUUCUUCAUGUGCCUCCUCCGUGAGAGGUCCAGAGGGUGGCAGCAUGAGAACAGGGCCUUCUUUGCAGUGGCUCCCCAUCCAUGGAAUGCUCUCCCUCUUCAUUAUCUAUUUUUAGGUGCCAGACAAAAACAUUCCUCUUCAACCAGGCCUUUGACUGACCAAAAUAUUAUACCACUUUUAAAGAUAUUUGUGGGAUAGGGUGGGGAGAGGAUUAUUGGUUUGUGGGGGUUUUUUUGUUCUUAUUUUUAUCAUGUCCUUUGUGUUUUUUAUAUUGUAUUUUUAUGUUGUGAACUGCCCUGAGAUCUAUGGAUAAAGGGCAGUAUGCACAUUUAAUUAAUAAUGAUAAUAAUCUUGCAGAUGCCAUGAUCUGUCUCAGAAGGAGAAGGGCGAAUUACAGGAUCGAGGCAAUCUCACGUGCCAAUAAACCACAUUGCAGCCUGCUUCAGCUACUGCCUUCUUCACAGAGUAAUGGGCAUUGGGGAAGGUGCUUGUGAGCCUCAAAGUUCCUCCCAUAGGAAACAUAGAAAGAGCCUUCUGCAUCAGGCCAGUCAGAGCCUGCCUGCCCAUGAGGCGGUCAUCUCAGGAUGAGGCGGUCAUCUCAAGCAGUACCCCAAAGGGUGCUGGUCUCCCUGUGGUCUCCCUGGCCUUAAGGAGUUUGCCCCCACAAUGGGGAGCAGCAGAAUGUUUUGCUCAGGUGCCAAAACCCCCCAGGAAGCCCCUGAGGCCAGUGGUCAAGUCUCACCCAGCAUUAUCUUCUCAAAGUGGCCAACCAGGUGCCUCUGGGAAGCCCACAAAGCAGGACCUGAGUGCAAAAGCAAUUUCCAGCAACUAGUAUUUAGGAGCAGAUUGCGUCAGACAUUAGAGUGUACCAAUUAGGGGUAUUAGCCCCACUGGUAGUCUUUUCCUCUCAUUUCUUCAAUGAAGAUUAAAAAGUUACAAAUCAGAACUUUGCAGCAGAAUGUCUCUUAGCUGGCCGUAGUGUAAAAUGAGUACAAAAUCCGCAUACGCUUUUUGCUAGGCAGUCUCUCCGGUGGAGUUAAAUAAUUUGAUUGGGACUGGCCACACUUCCAGAGGCUCCCAAAACUCAGCAGUGAGCUGUGACUUGCAGUUUGGCUGUUGGCCAUCUAAUAAGCUGAUCUGCUUUCUGGAUUCUGAAUGAUUCCUUGAAACAAGAAGCACCCACUUGGAUUAAAUGCCUAGAGCAGGCAUGGCCAAACUUGGCCCUCCAGAUGUUUUGGGACUACAAUUCCCAUCAUCCCUGACCACUGUCCUGUUACCUAGGGAUGAUGGGAGUUGUAGUCCCAAAAUAUCUGGAGGGCCGAGUUUGGACAUGGCUGGCAUAGAGGUUGUGCGCUGGGAGGAAGCGGGGGGAAAUGGACCCCCUAGCUUAGAGUGGUUUAUCUUCAUGCAGAAUUUGAUAUGUGGUGUAUUCUGUUCCAGAGGCCAUUUACCUUUUUAAAAAGUUUAAGCACAUUUGGCAGAGCAUGAAAGAGACUCUGAAUCUCAGAGUUGUGGGUUCGAGCCCCAUGUUAGGCAAAAAGAUUCCUGCAUUGCAGGGAGGUGGACUCGAUGACUCUCAUGGUCCCUUCCAGCUCUGUGAUUCUGUGAUCAUCAUAAACGUUAAUUAUUGGGUCUUCCAAUGGCCAGAAACGCAGUUUUAACAUUGAAAUAUUUCCUUAACACUAGGGCGUGGGGGCAGGUUGUGGAAGGCAAGAGCAGCAUGGUUUUGUCAUAUGACCACUCCCAAAGGAGGACAAAAAAAACCGCUUUGGGGAAGCGUCUUGUUCCAUUGCUUGUUAAUAUACAUCUUGACGUCGCAGGAGAGAGCAACAGUGCUGUGAUUGUUUUGAGUGCUUCCAGAUAGAGGAUUGCACGCGGGGCCUCAGCUGGCUCUGAGAAUUCGCUUGCUCAUUAUUGAAUUCCUGUUGAAGCCUGAUGAAAACUAGCGGUGCCAGGGGCGGUAGCUUUAACUACCUGCUUGCAUCGGAAAUAAAGAGCUGGUGGGAUGGGGAGGUGUUCCCUAAAACGGGCAGAUUCCUUUUCCGUGGUCGCAUUCAGAAUGGACUCUGUUGAGCUCUAGCUUCGACGGGUGGGUGUGUCAGAACCGGCCGGGCUCUAAAAGCGUCUUGGCCUGUGAAUACAGCCCUGUGGCAAGGUAAGAGUGUCAGCCAGGCUCCCUGCUGGCCAUUGCUUGCCACUCCCUGCUAACUAUAAAUACUGUCCUCUGAGCAGCUCCAAUUAGCUGCUGCUUGACAGUACUCAGUGAAAGACCUUCCGGCUGGAGGCUGCCUUUUUGGCAUCCUUCCGUUUAUUUCACAGCCUUUGCAGUCACUGCUCUUUAAAAAAAAAUUUAAAAGGAAAGGGAAAAAAAGAUCAGCAAUGCCUUCCAUUGUGCAGACUGGUACAGUAUGGCUUUUUAAAUGUUCCUAUUAGGGGUAGCAAGUCCACUUGGGUAACUGUUUCUGCUAGGGGAAUCUGCCAGCUUGAAAAACUUUCCACUAACUUCAGUUUGCAACUUGAUUUGCUUGGGUGGAAUUGUUACUGGGCUUGCGUGGUUGACUUGACGUCGUAGGGUUUGCUUUGUUUUUUCUUUAUAGGGAGAAAAGGGGGGACUUUACAGGCAGCAGAUCGUCGUUCUUCCUGUUGGUGAUUGGCAGAAAUCCUUGUGUUGUGCAAUAGCGUCUAAACCCCAGUGACAGGGGUGGGUGGCAGAGGGCAGAGUUGUGCCAGUGUGCUUGGAAGCAAGAUACCCUAAAUAGUUUUGUGUGCCGCCUUCUCAUAUUGCCCAUGACUUCUUCUUUUUCAUCGGAUGUCUUGAAGCAUCUCAAGUAACGCCAAUAAUGCUGUGUUUUGUCUCCAGCUGACCCGUUUGACCCAUUCACAGUCUCCUCGGGUUCUGACAAUCCGACUCUUACCGGCCCCGAUCUAUUUGGUGACUUCCUUAGUCCUAAUGAACCAACCGCACCUGGUACAUUUCCUUCCACACACAGCGCACCACCACCUUCCUCUAGCACAGACUUCCUUAAUUUAGGUAAGUGCAUGUUUGAUGUGGCUUCCUCACUCCCCCUCUUCCCCCGACAGUCCCAUAGCCUGUUGAGUGACAUGCUCCACUCAGAUUAGUCAAGGUGGAUUAAUGUCUAACGGAUCAACUUGGUGGUGUUGCUAUUUUAACAAGCUUUGUGUCGCAGGUGUAUGGUUAUCUUUCCCCCUGUAACAUAGCUAAAGUUUUGCUAAUUUACCUUUUUACAAGCUCCUUUUGGGUGAAGAUAGUUGAAAUUGGGUUCCCAGCACAUCACAUUUCAAAAUUAUUAAACCCCCGUAAGUAUUCCCCCUGCCACUGUUCCCCAGCCAAUAUUCUGGGAGUUAACAGUGUAUGUUGCUAUACAAACUGUCACACACUUAACUGUGAAAUUGUGGGCAAACUUAUUCCAUGCUUUGAGUUAACAUUAAGGCAUGAAAAUGGCCACUAGCUGCAGAAGUUCAUUUCACCUUCUAGAAUGAUAGAACAAAUUGGCUUGUUGAUUUUCAACACUCUCUAUGUGCUGCCAUCCUUAACCAUUUGUGUCUUGUAACAACAUUUUGUACUGCCUGGCACUUACAGAUUGCAUAUCCCUUUAACUAGGAGCUAAUAAUUUAAGUACUAUCUUCUGUAUGGUGUAGGAAGUCUGAUAGCACUUUUUUCAGUUUAAAUAAAGCAAGCUAGAAGAUAAUGGCUGGGUCCCGACUAACAGCGCAGCCCCAACCAUAUCUACUCAGAAGUAAGGCCUAUUGAAUUCAGCAGGAUUUACUCCCAGGAAUUGGGAUUACAGCCUAAAUUAGUUGACUUGGACAUGGAACUUAAGUUCAGCUAACUUAGAUUUGAAAUCAAAUACUUGAGAACUAGCGGUGGUAAUUAUUACAGUGGUACCUCGGGUUACAUACGCUUCAGGUUACAGAGUCCGCUAACCCAGAAAUAGUACCUCAGGGUAAGAACUUUGCUUCAGGAUGAGAACAGAAAUCGUGCUCCGGCAGCGCAGUGGCAGCAGGAGGCCCCAUUAGCUAAAGUGGUGCUUCAGGUUAAGAACAGCUUCAGGUUAAGAACGGACCUCCGGAAUGAAUUAAGUACAUAACCCGAGGUACCACUGUAAUUGUUUGGCAAAACAGUUCCUUUAGGCUGGAAAAGGUAAAGGAGGUGGAGAUACAUAAAUGCAGAGCUUUAGAGCUCUGAAAUCAUAAAGGCAAACAUAAAUAACUAUGCCGUAAUAUUAAAAAACCAAUUGUCUGCAGACUUGUACCUGUUUGUAUCCCAUUUUGAAUUCCUCUGUCUUCUUUUCAUUCUGAUUAAAAAACAACCCCGAAGAAUUGAAUGCAGACACCUGUGGCAAUUAUGGCAUAGGCACUUGGUUUUAAUCAAAUCAGCAAGAAUGCUAUGAAUUCAGUGCGCUGUACACAGAUCUGAUCAAAUGCCCGCUGCACACAGGAGGACUCUCAUUUUCUUCUGUGCUAAGAAAAUGCAUUUCCCCCCCAGCUCAUUUAAGGAAAGUGGAGAAAACUGCAAGUUGGAGCCACUGGGCCGACUUUGCAAUUGCUUUUUACUAUACGCAUGUGUGUUUCCACCAUAGGCACAGGGAAAUGAGAGAUCAGGUUGCAGCUAUUUCCACCCCUUUCCUUACUGAUUUAUUAGAAUCCUGUUGUUUGCGAAAAUGAUGUGGGAUAGUGUCUCUGUGUUGGAGCACAACAUCAAUGCCGCUCAACACAAAAAAAGCCCUAGCUGAAGGCUUGCAUGUGUGCCUGAUCUCCUACUUGUAACAACUCUGAACUCUUAGAAGAAGUACGCACACAUUUGUUGUUCAGGCUUCUCUCCUGAUUAAACCUAAAAAUAGCUGCUUGUGGAAUCAGGAAGAGAUCUCUCUGCCGACUUAAUGGCACACAAAUAGCAUCCGCUUUUGUACCUUAGAUAAAGAUGCACAGAGGCUUUCUAAAAUUAUCAGCUGUGGGUCACCGAAUGAGAUUUGCUGGCACGUUGGGCAGUGACCUCUGUGGUUGUCGUGAGCAUCGUUGGGAUCAUGCUUAGGCUGACAGGCGCCGACACAGGAAGAGGAAGAAAUUGGGGAGGGGGAGGGGGGAAACCUGGCUUGGAGGAGGAGAGGAUCUCCUCCUUCCUCCUUCUGUCGCUUUGGAAGCAGGAGUAGGGAUGCCAGCUCUCCUCCCCACAACCUCCUUGUGGAGACUUGAGGCUGGAGAGCUUUGAUCAACCAAAUGAGGAAGCUGGAGGCAGCUUUGGUCGAGGGCAGUGCCAGAUUUACGUACAUAGCUGCCAACGUUUCACUUUUUUAAAGGGAAAUUCCCUUAUUCCAAACAGGAUUCCUUGCAAGAAAAGGGAAAAGUUGACAGCUAUGUUUAUGUAUAAGCUAAACAAACUAUAGCUUAGGGCCCCACUCUCUUGGGGCCCCCAAAAAAAUUUAAAGGGAAAAAAACUGGAUGUACAUUUCCAAAAUAUAAGAUAAAAAACCCCCGACAUACAGCAACAGCAUUUUGUGUUGUGUAGGCUCCCAUUUGUUAUGUGCAAAUGACUUUAGAUACCUAUGAGGUCCAUAACUUACCAUAUAGCAUAUAUUCAACACAAAAAAACAGCGACAGUUUGUUGUUGACAAAGGACAGCUGGACAUAUAAAGGGACCCGUUACCUUCAGUAGCUAAAUGGCCUCAUCAAAUCUAAAUCCAGCCCUGAUCCAGGGUGCAGCCUUGUUGCGUAAAACCAGAUGUCACCUUUGCAGACGGAAGAAGACCCAAGCAUUACAAAAGAGUGCACACUUGCAACCUCAACAUUCCCGCAAGGCGUGAGAAACUUGAGAGGGAGCGCACCCCUUUUCAGCUUUGAAAGCAUGGAACAGGGAUUUGUUGGGACAUAGGUUGCUUCUGUCUGGUUCUGAACUUAACAAUAACAACAACAAUUUAUUAUUUGUACCCCCCCCCAUCUGACUGGGUUGCCCUCGCCACUCUGGGCUGCUUCCAACAUAUAUAAAAACAUAGUAAAACAUUAAACAUUAAAAAGCUUCCUUAUACAGGGCUGCCCUCAGAUGUCUUACCAGCGAGAAGGCCUCAAGGGCACAACAUUGGCAGUCCCUGAGCUAGAUGGGCAAAUUGUUCAAUUUGACGUAAGCCGGGUUUCUGUUUCAUGGGCCAUUCUGACAGGACCAAGGCAAUGCAUGAAUUAAGCAAACUUAAAAAGCCAUUACUGAAGCGGUCAUCUAUUCAUGCCUCAGUGUACCAUCCCAGCACAAGUUAUCUCCUUGGCUGAUAGUGAAACCAAGGUUUUCACAUUGUCAAGUUGCUCUUAUGAUCUUGUUUCAAGACGUACAUGUUUUCCAUUACCAGCUUCUGAAAAUAACUUACUGUGGUUUUCUGUGAAAUUGUUCUGCGGACUGUUUUUGUUUAGUCUGUUUGGUGUUGUUGUAUUAUGAUUUACUAGUACUGUUGUCCUUUUUAAUCACAAAAUAUGUGAUUAAUAGGAGUUGCAGUGUGAAGUGUGGGCGUUAUAAUGGAAAUUCUCAUUGACUGGGCAAUGCAUGAAAUCCCUAAACUGAAUUAGCAUUUCUUUGAUACCAUUUGGAGAGUUAUACAUAUUGCCCAGUCUACAAGAUUCUCUGCAUAUGCUGUCAAGUGCAUUUACAUUCUCUGUUGUGUUGGCCUACAUGCAUACUGAAUGGUCAUGUACAGAAUUCUGCUUAUGCACGUUCCCCAUUCAUAUCUUAUUAACUCAUAUAUCUACAGUUGCCUUAUGUUGAGACAGACCCUUAUUCCAUCUACCUCAAUAUUGUCUUUUCCAAAGUUGGAACAGUCCCAGACUCCUCAGUGCUGCGUUCUCUAGAAAGACUAGCCACCAAAUUUGUGGUCCUGCAUAAGAGGUCCUAAGGUGGUGAAUGCAAGGAGACAAAUCUUAAAUGGAACCAUCAUGCCUCUUCUAGAUGGCGGUGGCUGGAUUGCAAAGCGAUAGUAUGUGUAUCAGUCUUAGACGGGCUUAAAUCUUAUGUCAUCCUGUACCUGUGUCUUCCUCCUCAGGACGUCCUGGUUGUCGUCUUUAAUUAGAGAAUUAAAAGAUCUUCUGAGCACAGUUGUCUUAAGGCUUUGCCUUAAGAUCUGUUAGUACAGCAGCAACAGAGAUUUCUGUUAUUGGGGCUUACAGCAUAAAUGUGUCUUUUCUUAAAUGAUCUCUGUACACAUACCCAUUUUAACAGUGAACAGUAGUUGUGAUAUCCGUGCUCUAAAUAAAUACUUGACAUAAGCUUAAUAAGUUUUGGGUGCAAGUUACAGUGGUACCUCGGGUUACAUACGUUUCAGGUUACAUACGCUUCAGGUUACAGACUCCGCUAACCCAGAAAUAGUGCUUCAGGUUAAGAACUUUGCUUCAGGAUGAGAACAGAAAUCGUGCUCUGGUGGCACGGCAGCAGCAGGAGGCCCCAUGCUUCAGGUUAAGAACAGUUUCAGGUUAAGUACGGACUUCCAGAACGAAUUAAAUACUUAACCUGAGGUACCACUGUACUAAACAUUUCAUCAUGAGCAGGAGUAAGCAACAUGUGGAACUGUGUUCUGUAAAGCCUGAUGUGUGCCCACCUUGUCCAGUGUUCGAAAUUAGCCAGGUGCCAGGCACAUUUUGUACCUUGCGACCGACCACUUGUGACCAAGUGAGGAUUCAUGGAUGCCAGGAUGGUGCCUGACAUCUCCGCCAUCUGGAGGUGCACGUCUUGGGAUCAUUGGCUCUGGACUGUUUUCACACACAAAUGCCCCAUCCUGUAGAAUUCUAUCAGUUAUAUUUUAUCUGCACAGUUGGAAUGGAUUUCAGGAGCCAAAAUGCUUUUCCUGUGCAGCCUGAGCAAUUGCCAUUAAGAAAAAGAAAUUGGAAUAGCAAUAGGCGAAUACAGUGGUACCUCGGGUUAAGUACUUAAUUCAUUCCGGAGGUCCGUUCUUAACCUGAAACUGUUCUUAACCUGAAGCACCACUUCACUAAUGGGGCCUCCCGCCACCGCCGCACCGCCAGAGCACAAUUUCUGUUCUCAUCCUGAAGCAAAGUUCUUAACCCGAGGUACUAUUUCUGGGUUAGCGGAGUCUGUAACCUGAAGCGUGUGUAACCUGAGGUACCACUGUAAUAGUUAUUGAACUCUGAUAAUAGAGAGUGGAACUCAAUUAGCUGUUUAAUAUAGGAUUGUAUCCAAUAUUAGUCAUACUCUGAGUAAACUCAGAGUGUAUGUAGCCUGAAGCGUAUGUAACCCAAGGUACCACUGUAUAUAUGUUGACUGUCCCUAGAUAAGGUGACUGUUCUUCUUUAAGUUCUCAAAGCUCUUCACCUAGCUCAAGGUUAUCAUCCGAACUAGCCAGAUGUUUAACUGAGAAUCAAUCUCCGCCCAUCAUUUGAAAAAUAAGACUUUAGAGCCAUCUUACCCAAAAUGGCAACUAGACAUUCCAUUUUGGUGACUGCAACCUUGCUUUAAGGAGCCAUUUGGCCCUUAGCUUAUAUACCUGAGUUUCUAUAACUGCCCCUGCUAUAAAGCAGGUUAAAACUGCUUGAAAGCCUUCUACCUGAGAUGCCUCCCUCCUUGGCUACAGACAACUCUAACUUUUAAUGGCUAAGUGCUACUCUUGUGAUCACUUUAGGACUCAAUGUAAUCUUUAGUCGCCAGCAGAGAAGGGGCCGCAGUAAAUUGCUGGCGCAUCUGCCUUGCAUGCUGAAGUUUCUAGGUUCAAUCUCUGGUGUCUCCACUUCCUGCCUGAAACUAGAGCCACCACCAGUCAGUCUAGACAGUACUGAGCUUCAUGGAACAAAGCUCUGACUAGGUGUAAGGCAGCUUCCUAUGUUAAGCACAGUCUCCUGUAGUGGCAUGGAUAAGGUAAAGGUAAAGGGACCCCUGACCAUUAGGUCCAGUUGUGGCCGGCUCUGGGGUUGCGGCGCUCAUCUCGCUUUAUUGGCCGAGGGAGCCGGCGUACGGCUUCCGGGUCAUGUGGCCAGCAUGACUAAGCCGCUUCUGGCGAACCGGAAACGCCAUUUACCUUCCUGCCGGAGUGGUACCUAUUUAUCUACUUGCACUUUGACGUGCUUUCGAACUGCUAGGUUGGCAGGAGCAGGGACCGAGCAAUGGGAGCUCACCCCGUCGCGGGGAUUCAAACCGCCGACCUUCUGAUCGGCAACUCCUAGGCUCUGUGGUUUAACCCACAGCGCCACCCGCAUAAGCUCCUUGCUUAUCAGAGCUGUGACACUCUAGCCUGUGUCUUGGUUGUCCAGAGAGAACUUUUAGCUGGACACACAGAGCAACAAGGCCUCUGGGACACCUGCUUAGCUACACCAAUGACCUGUGUUAAUAGCUUUCAUUUCUUGGAAUGAUAGAGAUGCACAGGGAAGGGGAAGUUUGUUAGUUAUGGGAUCUAGAUCUAUAGUCCUGUAGGCUAUGGUUUCAUUCUUCUGUAUCAGAUGAAUGUCCAGUAAAUAAUUUUAGAACAGAGCCACAAUCAACGUACCGAUUUGGCUCGUACUAUUUUGAGUGCAGUUACAGACUCAGCUGCAGCUGCAAUUCAGUUAUUUGAAAAGUGCAACAAAUUAUUUUGAUUAGGUGAUCACAGAUGGUAGCUGAAAUUUGGAUAAACAUUUCGCAUUGCAAAGGAAAUCUUCUGUAGGUGAGACUUUUUUAAAUUAAAAAAAUAGUAAGCAUAUGUGAACAUUAACGGCUAGUCUGUUUUCAGCUGGGUGCCAGCUACUACAGCUUAUAGUUCUGUUUCCAUACUAUCAGAUUCUGGAGAAGAAUAAAUAUCUUGAUUGUACGUAAUCUCUUUGAGUUAUAUGACAAAAUGUUUGUGCUAGGAAGGCCGGUUUACAGUUCAUGUUGCAUUUCAGAGCGCAAUAUAAGAUCCUUUUGAGCUGGAUCAGCUCAAACCUUCAUCUAGACCAGGGUUUCCCAAACUUGGGUCUCCAGCUGUUUUUGGACUACAAGUCCCACCAUCCCCAGCUGGCAGGACCAGUGGUCAGGGAUGAUGGGAACUGUAGUCCAAAAAUAGCAAGAGACCCAAGUUUGAGAAACCCUGGUCUAUACAAAUGGUGGACAACCACAUUUCUUCCAGGUUUGAGACUUAUUGGUUGUUCAGUGGCAUAUUGCUUCUCUGCAAACAGGGUUCUAUGGACAAAUAGCUGUUCACAGACAAAUUGAUGGAGAAGUUUGUUUUUAGUCAUCUAAGCUAGUGGUGGGGUUCUUCACCUUGAAGUACAGUGGUAGCUUGGUUCUCAAACUUAAUCCGUUCUGGAAGUCCAUUCCAAAACCAAGGCGUGCUUUCCUAUAGAAAGUAAUGCAAAAUGGAUUAAUCCGUUCCAGACUUUUAAAAACAACCCCUAAAACAGCAGUUUAACAUGAAUUUUACAAUCUUAUGAGACCACUGAUCCAUAAAAUGAAAGCAAUAAACAAUGCACUGCAGUCACACAAUCAAUCAGUCGGUAGCUGAACUGGGUUCCACACAGUCACAAGAACAAAACAAAAUAGCUGCAAAAACAAAAAUGCAAAAUAAAUAGCAAAAACAGAUAGACCUCAAUGAAGAGCUGUAAUUUGUCUGCUCUGAAGCUGUUGCCAAGCCAUUUGGGUGACCCCAAGUUAUUGUUUAUAAUGUCAUAAAAAGAGCUCUGCUGGAACAGAAUCUGUGUGUGUGUGUGUGUGUGUGUGUGUUAACAAACUCUAAUUGAUUUCUAAGAGAUAAAUUUUUAUUUUUUUUUAAAAAAUCCAGUAUAAUUGCUGCAUUUGAAUCUGUAUUCCUUGUUAAGAUUACACAGCGUUACCUGCCUGCUUUUACCUUAUCCCUGAAUUUUGGUUUGCAUCCCUCUAGGGAAUUUGACACCAGACCCACCUAAAAUGGCUUCCUCCGCAAGCCAGCCUGACCUUCUAGGCGGCUGGGAUUCCUGGGCAGAUGCCCCAGCAAUUAGCACUGCGGCGCCUGCACCACCGAAGAAGUCCACUUUGGAAGGUAUCGUGCAAGGGAGUCGCUUCCAUUUAUUUGGCAGCUGGCGGUAUACGCAGAGCUGCCGAAACAUUGUGUGUAUGUGAAACACUUGGUCACGUAAUAGUCUUGGAUUUUUAUCAAAUAACAUAGGAAGCUGCCUUAUACCAAGCCCAUUACACAGAGUAGCAGGGGCUGUCAGACAAGAGUCUCUCCCACCUCACACUGGAGAUUGAACCUGAGGCCUUCUGCAUGCAAGGCAGAUUAUUAUUAUUACUGUUAUUUAUUCAAUUUAUAUUCCCCCCCUUUAUCAGAAGUUCCCAGGGCGGUAUGCAAUGUUAAAAACACAUUGCAGAACAUCAGUGAUAGCAAUGUAAUAUAAGCAUAAUAAAAAGCAUACUGACAGACAGCCUAAUAACUGUGGUUAGCAAUGCAGCUGUCCCUGCCUUAUUCCUUCUAAAGCAUUAACUGAAUGUUGACAGCAUACACAAGGCACAGCCCAGCAUGCUUUUUUAGCAGUCAUAUUCACCUGGGACUGGGACUUAGCAGUCAUAUUCACCUGGGAAUAUAAAAGGAGAUUGUUUUAGGUGAGUGUGUGAUUCGAUGUAAAAAUUACACAGAUAACAAUUAACACCAAAAUGUAAACUUUCUUAAUUUGAUAAAGAUUAGAGCAGGCAAGACCAAAAUUCCCAAGCCCCUCUGCAUCGUUAAACAAAAAGCCAUAUAUGUAUGUAUGUAUGUAUAUACACACAUAUACAUAAACAGAUCAUAGCAUGUGAAAGUGUCAGUCGUAAGGAAUGAACAGAAGCAUAUUUCAUCCAUUGAUUGAGAAGAAUGCUGAAUAGUGUGGCAUAGCAGUAUUUUCAGCCACCCAUGUGAUAUUUUGUAGAGCGUAAUAAUUGUGUCUUAUUACAUAGGCCCGGCUUUUACGACAGGAGGACCCACAAACGCCACUUCAGGCCUUUCAUUCAGUCAAGCAAAAUCACAGAACUUUGACCCUUUUGCUGACCUUGCUAACCUGAGAACCGGCCUUCCAGGUAAGUGUUUAAGUGACCAAUAAAAGGAAGAACAGAGUUGCAGUAGAGUGUGUUUAUCCUGUACAUUCAAGGUGGAUAAUGUAGUUAAAAUGCUGGAGCGGGUCUGUAAAAUAAAAAUGUAGUCAUUUCGAUACAAGAGUCCUUGCUUACUUUGUUUGGUGUUUGGUUUUUGUUCAGUUUACUGGGGCACCUCUACAGGAUACCCCUCUGUGCUGUGGGGCUUUCCCUCUCAUCACUCCUCAAACCAGCCAUACAGAGAACAUGUUCAGAUCUGAGUGUUAGCGGUCACGUUUGGUGCUUGUAGGCUUUUUGUACAAGGCAACCAAAGCCCUUUAAACUUGUGAAGUUUUUAGUUCGUGCCAUUUUUAAAAGUAAAGGUAAAGGGACCCCUGACCAUUAGGUCCAGUCAUGACCGACUCUGGGGUUGCGGCGCUCAUCUCGCUUUAUUGGCCGAGGGAGCCGGCGUACAGCUUCCGGGUCAUGUGGCCAGCAUGACUAAGCUGCUUCUGGCGAACCAGAGCAGCGCACGGAAACGCCAUUUACCUUCCCGCCGGAGCGGUACCUAUUUAUCUACUUGCACUUUGAUGUGCUUUCGAACUGCUAGGUUGGCAGGAGCAGGGACCGAGCAACGGGAGCUCACCCCGUCGCAGGGAUUCGAACCGCCGACCUUCUGAUCGGCAAGUCCUAGGCUCUGUGGUUUAACCCACAGCGCCACCUGAGAGAUCUAGGCAGAAAGCUGAAACCAAGCAGCAUCAUGCCAUAAGAUUUGCAUCCUGGCAUCUGAAUUUGGUUGCUUGUAAAGAAGUUAUGACCAUCUUUGGGAAGUAAUGCUGGGGAGCGAGGGAUGCAUUCAGGAAUCACUACAUGACUAGGUACAAGGCAAGGUUGGGGAACUUGCAGCCUUCCAAAUAUUGUUGGGCUUCAGUUCCCACGGUCAAUACUGAGGGAUGAUGGGAGUUGUAGUCCAACGUUGCAAGGACCACAGGCUCCCCAUCCUUUCCACAGAAGAUGCUGGCAUGCUUGUUUUCAUAGGUUUAAACCAAAUGGAAUAUCUUUUUAAAUUAAAAAGCAAAACCCUGAUCCUUGCUUUCCAGGGGCUUCCAGCGGCGGAUUCUCAACCGGCAGUUUUGCUCCAAAGUCCACUCCCUCUCAGAAAGCAGGGAACCAAUGGCAGGCAAGCAAAACGCAACCUGCUAGCACAUCAUGGCAGCCCCAGGCACAGCCAAAGGCGCCAGAACAAGCUAAGCCAAGCGCGCAGCCGAAAGCCAACUACACUGUGAAUUUCAGUGUCAUUGGAGGACGAGAAGAGAGAGGCAUCAGGGCGCCUGGCUUUGGUAUGUUCCUCUACCCGAUGAUGAUUAUUUUUUGCAUAUAUUAGUUGCUUGGCAUACAAGAGUCUCCAAGUGACAUACAAAAUCUGAAACCAUAAAGUGUGGUAUGAAUCAGAAAAAAAGAACAGUGCAUUACAACAGAAACCAUACAAUAGCCUAGAUAGCAAACCCAAAUUAAACAGAAGCAAAAAUAUACCAUCAGUGUGCAGCAAAAUCAUCAUAAUCCAUUAUAUACCUUGGAGAAAAGAUAAUUUUAUUGAUCUAAUCACUUCUUUGGUCUGUAAAGCCCCUUUGCAGAAGAUUACAUUUGCUUCUGAGUAACAGUGCGAUCCCACACUUUCCCAGGUGAUAGGGUUUGGAUGAAAUUUAAGCAUGAUGCAUGUGGCUUCUUGUACAUAUAUAUGAUUUACGACUUCUGUGUCACUUACCAGUGAACUGGGAGCCUAAUCCUUUUUAUCUCAUUUGCUAGGACAAAAACCCAAAGUUUCAGAAAACGAUUUUGAGGAUCUUUUAUCGAAUCAAGGGUUUGCAGCUAAAACCGACAGAAAAGGACCAAAGACCAUUGCUGAGAUGAGAAAGCAAGAAAUGUCUAAAGAUAUGGACCCUCUGAAACUAAAGGUUAGCUGUUCUUAUACCGAAUAGUUCUCAUCCUGCAACUUCUGGUGUUUGGAAAAGCAGCGGUGUGCCAUCUAAGUGGGGGAAGUUGAAGCAUAAAUGUGGAGGAGGGCGGAUGCAUCCUGGAGGAUGCAUGGCUGUUGGUUGAGAGGGGAAAGUGGGGGGCCAGGCCCUCUCGGAAGCCCCUAGCCCAUGAUAAAAAUAAAAAAUGAGGAUCUGUGAAAACAAAAUAAGGCACCAAACAAGGGUGGGGUUGUUUAUAUAAUUAGCAGACCAGAGAGGCUGCAGUCUAACCUUGUGCCAUCAGAACUGGCAUACUUUUUAAUAAUAUUUGUGAAAAUUGUAAACUCUUUAAUGCAACAAAAUACAUUAACACGUAACAAUAAUAAUAAUAAUAAUAAUGAUGAUGAUGAUGAUGUGCCUUUUACCAAGUCGUGCAUUUGACUAGCCUGAUUUUGCAGCUGUAAGCCAAGUGUGCGUGUCACGUUUUGGUCUGGUGCGCAUAAAAGUGAGUCGCAAAGUUUAUCAAAUGCCAAGUGGCUAAAACCUGAGGCCUCUUUUGAGCUUGGGAUGCAAAUCAAAUGAGCCUCCCGGAUUUGGCCCUAAGUGGGGCUGUGGCAGAGCACACAUGCUUGGCUUUCAAAAGGUCCCUGGCAUCUCCCGUUAAAAAGAGUUUUUUAAAAGGUCUUUAAAAGACCUUAAGGUGCGAAAGACACCUUACAGUGGGAGAGAGAGCAUCUGUACUGGACCUGGUGAAGCAGUGGUUUGGAGGCAUAUCACUUGGCUUCAGAAGUUUUCCACAACUUGGUUUUGAGUUUGAGGCAACAAGCAAGAUGAUACGGAGCAGGGAUGUACAAGACCUCCUGUGCUUUAGGAAGUAGCAGGACUGAUAGAAGAUGCAUGCAUGCGUACCUGUAUACAUACAUACACACAUAAUUUCACCCCCAUACACAUCCAGGGCUGCUGCUAGAGAGGGCUUCUUCAUUUGUGCUUUAUUGAGGGUUUUCUUUUAGGGGAAGGGACAGAAAUUUCUGUGGCUGCAUUCCUCUGCAUGAAUAGACCCCUCUCUUCUGUUGGAAGUGAACAGGUAGAGGAGUUUGGGAUGGCCUGUUUGAGCCAAAGUCCUAUACUACUUGUUCAUUUCAUUUCACUUUUAAUUUGUACACUGCCUUUCUAUUUUACUAUACGCAAGGCACUUUACAAGCCGAAGAAACAACAAAGAUCACAUACCUUAUAACAACCUGAUGCGAUACAGAAAUGUCAUACUAAAAACGUAACUUUAAACGAUUUAUAUCAGAUAAAGUAGUAUUCAGCAAUCCAUUAGAAUACCAUGGUACACAAUAAAAUUAAAUAUCAUCAAGUAAAAAUUAAACUGAAAUUCACUCUUAACAGUUACAAUAAAUAAUUUCUAAACUAGAAUCAAAUCAAAAUAACAGCAAGUCACUGUGCGUAAAAUAACACAAUACUUGUGUUUGAACUUCUCUCUCUCUCUCUCCAGAUUCUAGAUUGGAUUGAUGGAAAAGAGAGGAAUAUAAGAGCUUUAUUAUCUACUCUUCACACUGUGCUUUGGGAAGGCGAGACCAAAUGGAAGCAGGUUGGCAUGGCGGACCUGGUUACCCCAGAUCAAGUAAAGAAGUACUAUAGGAAGGCAGUGCUUGUUGUACAUCCAGAUAAGGUACGUGCUUCUGGCAGAUUUGACAAACUGCUAGUGCCAGAUUACUGCUAUAUUCCUAAGGGUAAAUUCCAGGUGCUGGGUGCUCCCUGCUCAAGUUGCGUAGCUCAGUUGCCUAGAGCGUGGCGCUGAUAAUGCCAAGGUCGCAGGUUCGAUCCCCAUAAGGGACAGCUGCAUAUUCCUUCAGUGCAGGGGGUUGGGUGAGAUGAUCUUCAGGGUCCCUUCCAACUCUCUGAUUCUGUGAUCCACUAGGUAGGUACUUCCUACCUAGAACAGCUCAACCAGAGCCUGUAGGAGGCAUUGCAGAGGUCCAAAGAAAUACCCAAUGGAACAUACAGCACAACAAACAUUUCAGGACUUGAGCCAGCCAUGGGUCUUAGAACUGGCGGCCAGAGGGAUGCUAAAUGUGCUGCUGUUGCCAUCUCUUAGCCAGAGUGGGGAACUGCAGGGAGAUGGGCCUUACCAGCAAGGAAGGCUCUGAGCCUGAGUAAGUUAGGUACUUCCCUCCAACUCCUACAAGGGUAACCGGGUUACCUGCUUUCAGCUUGUGGAAUGCUGCCCUCAUGGAACCUCAUCUGGCACCAUAAUUACUUCCUGCAGAUGCCAGACAAAAACAUAUCCUUUCUGCCAGGCGUUUUGGCGUAUAAUUAUCUGUGACUCCCUUCAGUGGGUGGGAUGUUUUGGUCCUGCCUUUUUAAAAAUAUGAAUGAUUUUUAGACUUUCCUCUGUUUUGAUUUAUACCAGUUUUAACAUGUAUUGUUUAUUGUUGUAAGUCAUUUUGAGGGACUUUGUUCUAAUAAGUUUAAUAAAUAGCAGCAACAAAAGCUUCCUUAAGGAAGCUGUGAUCUAAUAAUGAGCAUCUAGCAAGUGCAGUCUUUCUAGGAAUUGCUUUUACCACCUUCUUCUUCUUCUUCUUCUUCUUCUUCUUCUUCUUCUUCUUCUUCUUCUUUUUUGGCACUGUCCAUAUCUGUUUCCUGUUCUCUGUAAGCUGCAUAGAGGUUUCAUUUACCUCUCUGCAGUUUAUGAAAAGUGGUAUGUAACAUUUUAAAAAAAUAAACAAACUCAGAAAUAGGAAUAGGCCUCUGUGUGUGUAGCUUGUAACACACGUGAGACGGCCUUUGCACAGCGUCCAUUAUAGCUGGGCACAAUUCCUGAAUCCGCUCUGUGGCAGCACACUCAGCAGCUUACAGAAGCUUUGUGGAUAAGCCCCUAACUUGGUUCCCCAGCUGUUGUUGGACUACAAAUCCCAUCAUCCCUAGCUAGCAGGACCAGUGAUCCCGAGGAUGUUGGGAGUUGCAGUCCAGCAACAGCUGGGAUGUCACGGAAUUCUGUUCAAUAUUGAACCAGAGCAGAUUCCAAUGUAUCGUUAGCAGAGUAAAAACUUAAACACGUUGCAUGGUUCCCAAAAAAAUAGACCAGAGGCAAUUGUAUUUCAUCCAGCAAAGCUUUACUGCUACUGAAGGCAAAUGGGCAUAUUGGUCACAAAUCCAAUACAUUCAGGAUUGGCACUGUCCAUAAAAAAUCCACUUGCAGCAGACUUAACUUAAACUUACAAUAACGUAUAAGACUAAACCUUAUAUAGUACAGAACACCACACCAGAAGGUAAAGAGAUAGAAAGAGAUAGGGAAGCCCAGGUUCUUUCUGGCCUUUCUUUUAUAGUUAGCAUGACCUUGUCAGAAGAGAUAAGAGAACCAGUUAAAGCCAGCUGUGCUCAGCUUCUCUGAAGGACUAACCCAAACAUCAUGAACCUCCUGCUUGUUUCUUUCACGCAGAGAAGCUUCCAGAACCCUCUUGGAUUAAGUAGAAUAGGAAAGAUCUCUACACAUCAGGUCAAUACCUUCUACACUAAGAAAUGCAAACUGACAUGGGAAGCCAAGUUUGAGAAACACUGCCCUAAACAUUACCAGCCUGCAAAUAAAUAAAUAUAAGCCUGCAAGGGGGCUUGUAGCAGCAGCUAGCUGCAUCCCUAUGCUGGAUUUAGAGGAGAUUCCCCUCCUCCUGGCAGCCUGGCUUAUUGUUGUGCCGGGCACAAGAGAAGGACUGGAGAGCUCUGUUCCUCCUCCGCCAGCCUGCCUUGGAACUGCAGGGCAUUUCUGGUUGCCUAUGGCGACAGUGCAAGUGCUUAAACAUGAGGCUGGCAUAUUGUCUCCACAGCAUCUCUACCUCAUAGCAAGCAACAGCUUGAGCUGCUUAGAUAAGGUGUGUUAUUGUUUCCCUCUGUAAUGUUGUUGUUGUUGUUUAUUGAGUUUAUAUACUGCCCUAUAAGGGACGCGGGUGGCGCUGUGGGUUAAACCACAGAGCCUAGGACUUGCCGAUCAGAAGGUCGGCGGUUCGAAUCCCCGCAAUGGGGUGAGCUCCCGUUGCUCGAUCCCUGCUCCUGCCCACCUAGCAGUUCGAAAGCACCUCAGAGUGCAAGUAGAUAAAUAGGUACCGCUCCAGCGGGAAGGUAAAUGGCAUUUCUGUGCUCUGCUCUGGUUCGCUAGAAGGGGCUUAGACAUGCUGGCCAGAUGACCUGGAAGCUGUACGCCGGCUCCCUCGGCCAAUAAAGUGAGAUGAGCGCCGCAACCCCAGAGUUGGUCACAACUGGACCUAAUUGUUAGGGGUGCCUUUACCUUUAUACUGCCCUAUACCUGGAGGUCUCAGGGCGGUUCGCAGAAAAACCCACAACUUAUAUAAUCAGAAUAAAAACAACAACCCAAUAACAACCUCCCCCCCCCGCAAAGGAGCCACAUUUAUGACAAUAAAGAUAUUAUUAUUAUUAUUAUUAUUAUUAUUAGGCAUAGGAUGUCAAACAGAUCAACCCAAUGCCUGGUUUAAAAGGAAUGUUUUUGCCUGCUGCCUAAAGGUGUAUAAUGAAGGCGCCAGGCGAACUUCCCUGGGGAGAGCAUUCCACAGACAGGGAGCCACUGCAGAGAAGGCCCCUUUUGGUGUUGCCAACCUCCUGACCUCUCAAAGGGGAGGCACACGAAGGAGGGCCUCAGAAGAUGAUCUCAGGGUCUAGGUAGGUUCAUAUGGGAAGCGGCAGUCCCUGAGGUAUUGCGGUCCUGAGCUGUUUAAGGCUUUAUAGGUCAAAACCAGCACUUUGAAUGGGGCUCGGAAACUAAUUGGUAACCAGUGCAGUUGGACCAGGAUUGGUGUAAUAUGCUCAAACCGUGUUCCUUCAGUGAGCAACCUGGCCGCUGAAUUGUGCACCAGCUGAAGUUUCCAAACUGUCUUCACAGGCAGCCCUUUUCUGGUGCGGGCGGGAGGGGGCGUGUCUGCUUUCCUUUAAUGCAGCUGUUACAGGCAACUGUCACUUGACUCUUGAGAAUGUUCAGUUGGAGGUGGAAGGAUUACGUGGAACCUUCCUGUUAGGAUAGCUCACUCUGUAGCUCAUUCUUGGUGUUGCGGGUUCAAGCCCCAUGUGGGGCAACAGAUUCCUGCGUUGCAGUGGGUUGGACUAGAUGACCCCACAGUCCCUUCUUACUCUACAAUUUCAUGACUCUUUGAUUCUAAGCCUAGCAAUUGAUGCAGAAGAGGCAGGCAAGGUGUUUUGCUAUCUUCCAUGCCAAGACUUCUGACCAGACACUCCCAAGUCUGGGAAGGGGCGGACUGUUCGUACAUUUGCAUCCUGGCUGCAGAAUUGCUGUGUUGGCAGCAACACAGGAUUCUUGCUCAGCUCAUGUUUGGAGUGAAAACACCCACGUUUCUUGUAACUCCUGCUCUGUUUUGCUUCCUUGCAGGCCACGGGGCAACCUUACGAACAAUACGCCAAAAUGAUCUUCAUGGAACUGAGCGACGCGUGGUCAGAAUUUGAAAACCAAGGAUCAAAAUCACUUUUCUAAGAUGCUCCCUUUUUGAAAGCGGGGGUGGAUUUCAAAAUGUAUUUGCAGCAAAAACCGAAUCUUCCGAGUGCUGUUCUAGUGUCGCCUCCUUGGAUCGAGGAGGGGAGGGGGGCAGGGAACGCUUCCCGGUUCUUGCACACUUUGAAUCGAUACACUCUCACAAACGGGGUGUGUCUUGUAGGACACAGCGCACAGAUGGCACUUUGGGUCCAUCGACACUCGGAAGGUGGUGCCCUGAGAGUGGAAAGUUCCAAGCCAUCUGAGAGAGGGUUUGAACACACAUGUAAUUUUAAUGAUGGCGGUUAGCGUGGGCAAGAUUUUCUGUGGGAAGCAUCAUCCAUUUCAAAUCCCUUUUGUGUGUGUGUGUUUUUGUGUUCCCUUCGUUUGAGGAAACACCCAAUCUCAAUUUGCAUUUCUCUUCCCCCCUCUAUGUAGUCUUUAUGAUUUGUCUUGGUUGUUUUUUUGUUUUUGUUUUCCCCUUUUUAAAUUUACAUGUUUGCCUUAUUCAAAGUGCUUUAGUUUACCUUAUCAGCUGUGAGUUUGCUCAGCAUCUCUUUUCUGGUUUCUGUGCGAGGUGUACAUUUUUCUUUGGUAUUUCAUGUAAUCAUUCCGGUAAUCAUUCUGUAAAUAAUUAAAACUUUUUUUUCUGACAACACCUGCGUUCCUUACACUGCAUCAACAGUAGCUUAGCCAAAACGGUCGCAUUGGUGGGGAAGAAAAGACACGAAUGAAUCUUUGAUGUGUUUGUGGUCCCCCCCCCCCAAAAAAAAAUAUGUAAAGAUGGAAGCAGAGUUUGGCUUUAAUUUAAGGAUUGCAUGGUCUUGUCUUAUUUAUUAUGAUCUCCUUUGAGGCAAGACUGUUUAAAUAUUUAUUCCAAAAUGUUUGUUUGAAAUUAUAUAUAUUUGAAUUGUCUUCUACUCUCCUUGAUGGUAUAUGUGCCUUUUGUUGGCAUAAUUGAAUUGUUAAGUUGGUAGGUUGACGCAUGGGCUGAGACUUGAAAUGUGAGCCCAGUGGUUUACUUUUUUUGCUUUUGAUAGGCUGAACAGAAUAUGUGUUGCAUCACGUAGCUGCAUUGGAAAGGUGUGUGUGCACUUUUUGCCAACCUGGGACAACUUCCCCUCACGUGUUUGGAAGCCUGUUGAUUCUGCAAUUUCAUGCGUGUGGAUCAAACAACAGGAUGAUGAUCUAUGUACUGUCUUGAAGCCUUGACAUAUCCCUGAAUAUACCGGCUAGUUCUAUGGUAAAGGAAAAUACGCUAUUUGCCCGGUGAUUGGUCUCGCCUAUAAAAUGAAGAAUUGAGCACAAUAUUCUCUGCUGAGCAUCAAGACCAGCUCUGUAUUCAAUCAGCAAUAUGGUGUCUAGGUUGUGGUGGCAUCUUUUCAAUAUACCGUGUAGCUUUCAGGUGGAUUCCACUUUUAAAUCUGUCUGCGAGCCAUCAAGGUUUAUUCAGUCUGGUUCUGCCACAGAGGAGAAUUCUGGCAUUGUUGUGGAGUAGUUCUUUUUCGGGCAAGCAGCUUUCUGAUCAAAGUUGGUACAGAGUUAGACCUCUCCUUCUAUCCUUCCACCCACGCUGCAGCAAACAGAGACCUGCCAGAUUACUUGCUAAUUCUAUAGUAUACUCAGUCAGCGCUGCUCUAUUCUGUAGAGCGUGGACUUGGAGGAGGCAGGGAAGAAAUGUACUUUGGGAUGCAACCUGAGCGAUCAAACUCAGUCACGCAACGUGUCUGUCAGCCUGGGGAAGAUGCCCAAGCCCAAAGAGAUAAAUCUUGAAGCAGAGAAUGUGUAUGAGUUACAACUUUUUGAAAAGAAUUUCCUUUUCCCCCCCCCUCAGGUGUGAAACUGCAGGUAUUUUUUCCUUGUGCUUUAUAAGGCCAUGGAAAGGCUGAUCAAGUGUGUAGCCAUUUCUUGGCUAUCUCCAAAAUAGCAUGCGUAAGCUAAACUCCUCUUUAUUGACUCAUAGUUCACACCUACACACUUAGGUAGGCCUAAGUGAAUCAAGCAGACGAUUCAGCCUGUAACUGGUAGUCAUACGUGAUGUAGGUGUGAAAAAUAAAUGGGAUUGCGCUUCACUUGGGGGUAGUGAGACACUGAUUAUCUGCUUUGUAUGCACAAGUGACAUCGUUGCUCAAUAGGCUCUGAGCUUAGCUAUGGGCCUGUCUAUUACGUGCAGCUGAAGCAACAUGGGAGUUGUGGAAGACAGGCUACAGUAAGCUGCUGGGGUGGAGGGAGAGAGUAGGCCCAGUAGAAGAUUCCAUGCAACUUCAGUUUUGUGGCCCUUCAUUGUUUAAGCACCCCUCAACAGAGUUUCUGUUCUUAACCUUGAUCAGACCAAAAUUUUAUCUUGGGAGGCGUUUGAAACCACACUUCCUAGAUUCAGUCCACAGGGUUGCUAACACAGCUUUUUGGAUAUAAACCUGGAUCUUGAGUCAUGCAAUUUCUGAAGAAACCGAGCGGCAGAAUUGGUCACGUGGCGGACAGAUCAUUAAGAAGGGGGCAGAAAAGUUGUACGUCGAUGGCGGCCCAGCCCUUUAUGUUAGCAGUGGCGGCAGCAACAAGGAGAAAACAUGCCGAUAUCUUAUACUUAUCCAAUUUGGCAGAACAAAUUCAGAGGGCACCGCAGUUCAUGUCACAUUCCGCUUUUCCCAAUUAGAUAGAUGCCCUUCUGUUUCUGCUUUCGCGAGAGAAUUCUGCUUUGGGUGAUUGGACUGAAGAACAGCAUUUCAUCUGUCGUAUUUGGAUGUGCCUGGUGUCCAAACCCCAGUCUCCCUGUCAUCUCUGCUGUGGACGUGGGCAUAAGUCUUGUGUGCAGUCAGCAUCGCAUACAGAUGUGCUUUUUUAAUGUGUUCCUUGCGUCUGGUGCUUUGUGAUCAAUCCACCUCAGUAGUCUCUAAGCGGCUACAUUCACUCAAGAGGCUGGUUCCUUCGAUAAUGACUCCAGUUAUGGACACAGACUUCAAGCCUGUCGUAUGGGACCAGUGUCUAUUUUUUUAAUUGUUUGUCUCUCAGAAUGAUGGGAGAAGGGGUGUGUUUGUGCAUGUGUGAACUAGACAUUUCAAUAAACACAGGUUUGUUGUUGAAAAGGCAGCCCUGUGCUAGGUUCCUCCCCUUCUGUAAUCAGGAGCAAAAUGAUUUCCUCUUGUCUUUCUGUGUGUUUCCUCACCAGCCAAUGAUGUGGGAGAGAGAAGUACACAGUGUGAUGUCAAAAUAUUGGCAAGUUUCUAACAACACAAUAUUAGGAACUUGAUGCUUCCAGUUUCAAUGGCUGGUCCUUCUUCAAAGAGUGACUUCCAUGUUACUCCUUCCCAUCUUGGUUCCUCUC